AUGCCUCUUUACACACAGCCCGACCAAACCGGAGAUGAGGUAAUUCCUCCGGAAUUAGGAAGAAGUCGACGCUUUGUAUUUUCGGCGAAACCGGAAGUGACGGAGACAUUCCGGAAACCGGAAGGAGGCGGUGGAACGCAUAGAUGCGUUCCACCGGAAGAAAAUUACCCGCGAUUUUUAAAUAUUUAAAGAACUUAGAGAACAUUACCACCUUAUGCCAACUGAGGAAGCCACAUACCGGCGAAACGCGUUUUGGCAAGUUUACUGGACACUGGGAGGUCUUACCCUUUAUAUUUAUAUCAUUUAUAUUGAUUUUAUAAUUUUUUGCAAAUAAAUAUUUUUUCCCUGGAAUAUACUCUAUCUCCAUUGCCUGGUAUUGAAAGAAAAAGGAAAAAGAAGCUAUACUCUAACAAGUAUCAUCAAAGAGGUUUGGGGAUCACCCUAUUAAGAUCCCAGAGGAGAUUCACACCAGAGCCAGGUUCUAAUCUAUGGCUCUUCCAUUGUGAGUGUAUAAGAUUUGUUUUUUUCUAUAUAUAUUGUGUAUAAGAAAUAUCUGCACUAUCUUGUACCUCUCUAUCUUUUACAGCAAGAAAGGUAGAAGAGAGGGAAGUACAUUUUAUUAUUAUUGUCACUUGCUCCACCUACUUUUUGUGUAUAACACGCCAAUAUGUGUUCAGCAACAUCUCCUGAGUACAGUGAUACCACCCAUGCAUAGGCUUGUCGGAUUGUUUGGGGGCUAAAAGGCCACAUUUGGCAGGUGCGCAUAUCCAUUUUUCAACUUGGAAUUUUGACAUGUAGUAACCCAGCGCCCCUGUCCUAUUUGGGCCAAUGUAUUUUACCCCCAUCAAACCAUAUAUUUUUGAAAAGUAGACAACUCAGGGUAUUUUAAAUGGUGGUAGUUUAAUACUUUUCAUGCAAUAAUUCUACCACCAGCCUUUUGCAAACUUUUGGGUAGUAAUUUUCUUCAUGUUUUUUUACACAUACAUUGUACUUUAGGCAUGAAUUAACAGAUCCUGUUAUGUAUCACUGCCAAACAACACCCCAAUAUGUGUUCAGCAACAUCUCCUGAGUACAGUGACAUCACCCAUGCAUAGGUUUGCUGGGUUGUUUGGGGGCUAAAAGGCCAUAUUCAAGACUUGUACAUAUCAGUUUUUCAACUUGAUAUAUAGGUAUGCUUGGCCUAUCUUCAGUUUGGCAUAUUUUUGCAUCCCCCCGUUAAUGUUAACAUCAUGAAAGUUUAUAUUUUUAUAAAGUAGACAUUCCAGAGUAUUGUAUAUGAGGUGUUUUCACAUCCUUCCCCCAACCAUUGUGCUAAACAAAUUUCAGAGAACGUGCAUGGUGGUAAUUUUUUAAUUCUGCUUUUUAUGCACACGUUAUCUGGUUUUGGCCAGCCAGUUAUAUGUUACUACCAUAAAACUUUUUUAACCAAAUGUGCAGGUAUCAAAUGCACCUUUAGCAGCAUUCUCUAAACUAACCCCUGCAAAAAGAAUCUAAUUGGAGAUUUGGGGGGAAGGAAACUGACUAACUAAAAUUUGCUGUUUUCAAAAGAAAAAAAAACAGUGCAAAGGGGUGUCUGUCCUUUUCCUUUUUUAUAACAGACCCAGCAACAUUUCAGGGGAUUUGUUUCUUUUUUUUGCAGUUGGCGGUAUCUUAAAAAUAAAAUGUCUGGACUCCUUUGGCACCGUUGUUGGAACUUGACCAUCUCCAUAAAUUAUUGUGGAAAUCAGCUUGAACUAAAAUUGGAGAAAGGUGGUUCUUUCUGGAUUCAUUUUUUUUUUUAAAGAGUAAAAAUUAAUUAUGUGUUGCUACUUGCAUCAGGUAGAUAGCCACCUUUUAUACCAGGCUUUUGUCUUUCUUAAGAUAAGAUAUGGCUGCAUCAGCUGAUCAGCCAAAUCAACACCCCCCAUGUGCCUGUUAUAAGCCCUGAUGCACACUGGUUUUGUCUGUACCCUGCCUCGGACAGUGACGUCUGACAUGCCCUCGUUAUGGAUGGUUGUUAGCAUGUGAACAUCCUUCCUGUCCUUAAAUUUUAUUGCAAGCACUUUAGCUUUGUGCAGACCUUUACAUUCACUUUUUUUUAAUUUGGCCUCUAUAAAAGGUCUGGGGAAAUCCUUGGCAUUUCUUCUCACACUGCCACAGGCCAGUAUCUAGAAACCCUAAAGAGUUUGAAACAAACGGACAAUGCUAUAAAAAUUGUCCACAUAAAGGUGGUAACCCUUAUUGAACAAGGGAUCAGUAAGUCAAAAACAAGUUUCCCGCUUGUCCCCAGAGAGUCAGUACAGCCAGGAGGGUCCAGUUGACCAUCUUUCCCCUCAUAUAUACGAAAGGCAAAUGUAUAGCCACUUUCGCUCUCGCACAGUUUGUAGAAUUUUACGCCAUACCUAAAGCGCUUUCAGAGGAUGUAUUGUUUGAAUCCUAAUCUCCCUUUAUAUUUCAUUAACGAUUCAUCAAUAGAUACAUUUUUUUGAGGAGUAUAAACUUCAGUAAAUUUGUGCUGAAGAUGGUCUACCAGUGGGUGUAUUUUAUGAAGCCUAUCAUAUUGGGUGUGAUCUCUGCAGUGACAGAGGGUAUUGUCAUUGAAAUGUAAGUAUCUCAGCAGCAGCUCAAAUCUUGUUCUAGACAUGGUUUGAGAGUACACUCGACUAGAACAGAUUGGGCUGGUGCUCCAGUAAGAGCAAAUUGAUGGCUUCUUUAUAAUCCCCAUGAGAAUUGUAAGAGCCCAGAAUUUUUUAAGUUCAGCGACAUCUGUGGGAUGCCAAGCACACUCCUCCCUGACUGCAUAGCUAUCUUGAUUGGUAUCAAUAAAUUGGGUAGCAUAUAAAUUAGUCUGGGGAGCAAUCUCCUCCCAGAUGGUAUCCCCUAAAAAUAGCUCCAUAUAUUGCAUAGGGGAGAAGUCAUCCACAUUGACAUUAAUGCCUGUGUUGGCACUAAAAGGGGUGAUUUGGGGCUCAGCUAACUGUGGAGAAACCUGUUCCUCCUCCACAUUCGGCGUAGCAGAGAAAGCACAGCUUCUUUUUGCAGCCAGCUCACACACAGAUGACAUGUCAGAAAACUGACCUGGGUCAAAAUCGGACGCAGUGUCAGUGGCGUCAGAGUCUGGCUAACACAGAGUUACUAACACACAAUUUUUUUUAUUUUAUACUAAAAACAGACUAAAACUGAUAAAAACAGACUAAAUGAGACUAAAACUUCUGUUAGCAGCAAUCUGUAAACUAACUCCUGCAAAAAGAAUCUAACUGGAGAUUUGGGGAAGGAUACUGACUAACAGAAAUUUGCUGCUUUCAAAAUAAACAAAAAAAAUAAAUCAGGAACAAGUAUUAUAAAAAUGUAUUUUCUGUGUGGUAGACCUUAAAACAUUCUCCAAUACACAGUCCAGGUUUUGUAUGGCAAUCGGGACAGUGAAAAGGGGUGUCUGUCCUUUUCCCUUUUUUAUAACAGACCCGGCAACGUUUCUGGGGUUUCUUUUUUUUGGUGUUGGCGGUAUCUUAAAAAUAAAAUGUCUAGACGACUCUUGCACUGUCGUUGGAACUUGACCAUCUCCAUAAAUUAUUGUGGAAAUCAGCUUGAGCUGAAAUUGGAGAUAGGUGGUUCUUCCUGGAUUAAUUUUUUAAAAAAGUAAAAAUGAAUUAUGUGUUGCUACUUGCAACAGGUAGCCACCUUUUUAUACCAGGCUUUUGUCUUUCUUAAGAUAAGAUAAGGCUGCAUCAGCUGAUCAGCCAAAUCAACACCCCCCAUGUGCCUGUUAUAAGCCCUGAUGCACACCGGUUUUGUCUGUACCCUGCCUCGGACAGUGACGUCUGACAUGCCCUCGUUAUGGAUGGUUGUUAUCAUGUGAACAUCCUUCCUGUCCUUAAAUUUUUGCGCAAGCAGUUCAGCCUUGCACAGAGCUUUGCAUUCCCCUUUUUUUUAAUUUGGCCUCUGAGAGGUCUGGGAAAAUCCUUGGCAUUUCUUCUUACAGUGCCGCAGGCCAGUGUCUGUAAACUAUAAAGAAUUUUAAACAAGUGGACACUGCUGUAAAAAUUGUCCACAUAAAGGUGGUAACCCUUAUUGAACAAAGGGUUCAGUAGGUCCCAAACAAGUUUCCCAGUUGUCCCCAGAGAGUCAGGACAGCCAGGAGGGUUCAGUUGAGCAUCUUUCCCCUCGUAUACACGGAAGGCAAAUGUGUAGCCACUUUCGCUCUCGCAAAGUUUGUACACUUUAAUGCCAUACCUAGACCGCUUUGAGGGGAUAUAUUGUUUGAACCCUAAUCUCCCUUUGUAUUUCAUAAGGGAUUCAUCGAUGGAUAAAGUUUGUUGGGGAGUAUAAACUUCAGAAAAUCUGUUCUGAAGAUGGUCUACCAGUGGGCGUAUUUUAUAAAGCCUAUCAUAUUCGGGGUGAUCUCUGGGGUGACAGAGCGUAUUGUCGUUAAAAUGUAAGUAUCUGAGCAGCAGCUCAUAUCUUGGUCUAGGCAUUGUUUGGGAGAAUAUAGGAGUCGAACAAAUUGGGUUGGUGCUCCAGUAAGACCGGAUUGAUGGCUUUUUUAUUAUCCCCAUGAGCAUGGUAAGAGCCCAGAAUGUUUUAAGUUCAGGGACAUCUGUGGGAUGCCAAGCAUGCUCCCUGACUGUAUAGCUACCUGGAUUGGUCUCAAUAAAUUGGCUAGCGUAUAAAUUAGUCUGGGAAGCAAUCUCCUCCCAGAUGGUAUCCCCUAAAAAUAACUCCAUAUAUUGUAUAGGGGAGAAGUCAACCACAUUCACAUUAAUGCCUGCGUUGGCACUAAAAGGGGGGAUGAAGACAGACUUUUUUUUAAAAUAAAGUUAACCCUUAAGGGCAAAAAAAAAAAAUACAGACAGUAAAAAUGCACUGUCUGUAACAGAUCUGGCAGGGAAGGGGUUAAAAUAGGAUUUUUAUUAACUGAAGAUACUUUUUAAUUUUCACAGGAACAGCUGCUGCAACAAACUAUCAGGAUCUCUGUCUCUCUCCUCUCACAAAACGCUACAGAGAGGAGAGAGGCAGAGAUCAGUGUCAAAGUGAGUGUUUGUAACACCCACUUUGACACCAGCCAAUUGUGAGCGAUCGCGGAUCGCUCACACGCCGUAAUUGGCUGUUACUAUCUGCCUGGGAUGCCGGGCAGAUAGUAACAACGGGAUUUCAGCGGAAGCGAUCUCUGAUCGCUCCCGCCGCCCGUUUUCCGUUAGGACGGUUCAGGACCGUCCUCGGUCGGCAACGCAAAAAUGCCGAGGACAGUCCUGAACCGUCAUGCGUCCUUAAGGGGUUAAGGACACAUGACGUGUGACAUGUCAUGAUUCCCUUUUAUUCCAGAAUUUUGGUCCUUAAGGGGUUAAAAAUCUUUGAAGUAUCAACUUGUGUUUGUUCUUUAAACUCCGGCAGCGUUUUACUACGGAUGUAUGGUUUUGUCAAGCACCAAACAAAAGUGAUUAUAAAGUCAACAUAGGUCUGCUACCUAAACCAUGCCUAAUGCAAUUGGUUUUCUUUCCCAUUAUUUCUUCUGUUACUGAAAGAGCCGUUCCUAACAUAAAGAUCUAAUUGUUGGUUCAAAGGGGGAACCCUCUUAAGAGUUUAAAUUCACCAUCAAUUAGAAAUGAAUGAUUGGAAAAAUCUCACAAAAUGCUCAGUCUGCAUCACAUAUGUACCACACACACACACACACACACACACACACACACACACAAAAACAGUCUGGCAUAGGCAAACUAACGGACUUUUUUAGUUACAGUAUUUGAUCAUACAUUGACUAUAAACAUGUAUGUAAUACAUGCAUACAUUUAAAAAGAGAGUAACACAAAACAGAUUCUCAGAAUGAAAUGCAUAUAUACGUGUACAGCCUCAUAUGGUGAUGUGAUAAAUGCAAGUAUGGAUGAGCACUAAGCAAUUAACAUUGGGUUACAUUAGGCAGCAAACUGUUAUGGAGGGGGACUCCCACUUAGGGUUUAGUGCAAUAGAGAAGUUGCAGAAUAACCUUUUUAACUUUUUAAUCCAGACAAUGGUUUUUGAUCUGUUUCAGUGUGCACAACAUGAGCUGAUGAUGUAAUUAAACAAAUACUGCAUGUCACCCUGCCCAGGAGCGGAUGACCUGCUUCUGAUUAGCCGUCGCUGUCAUGUUGUUUUACAGGAUUUGACUUUAUGCUUGAACUGUAACCUCAGAUGUCUGUUAGCACAACAUCCCUCAGUGCAAGAGGUGUGUCAAUUAGAAUUUUGAACGUGUAUGCCCUCAGAGCAUUCCCAUGACUAGACCAUUGGUGUGUAAAGUUAUUGUACAAAGGAUUUUUUUGAUGCCUUCCAUAAUAGUUUUGCAGUUUUAAUAGGCAAUCUAGGCUAAUGUUGAAAAAUUGUUAAUUUCACUUUAAAAUAAUUAAUCCUGCAUUGAAGAGUAAAGGAGGAGACUAUAUUUAAAAGAAGAAAAACUACCCCAACAAGAGGACAUAGUCUAAAAUUAGAGGAACAAAGGUUUAAAAAUAUCAGAACGUAUUACUUUACUGAGAAGGUAGUGGAUGCAUGGAAUAGCCUUCCAGCUGAAGUGGUAGAGGUUAACACAGUAAAGGAGUUUAAGCAUGCAUGGGAUAGGCAUAAGGCUAUCCUAACUAUAAGAUACGUCCAGGGACUAAUGAAAGUAUUUAGAAAAUUGGGCAGACUAGAUGGGCCGAAUGGUUCUUAUCUGCCGUCACAUUCAAUGUCUCUAUGAAUACUGUCAUGCUAUUUCUUGAAAAUGUGUGUUUUGAAAGUUCUUUAGAACAUAAAAUCAAUGACUUUUAUUUAUUUUAUUUAUUUUUUUACUACUACAGUUCUAUGGUAUAACUAAACAUUCCAUUCCCCUUCAUGCAAUACAAAAGUACAUACUGGCAUUUUUAUUUAAUAAUGUUUAUGUAGUGUGUGCUUUUUUUGUUUUUGUUUUUUCUUCUAAUCACACAGCUGAAUCUUGCCCAAUUUUACAUUUGUUGGCAAUUUCACUAGCACAGUUUAGCUAGAAGGGUUGCUAAACCAGGAAGUGCACAUUUUUAAGCCAAACUAUUUUAUAGAAAUAUUUUCCAGCUGUGUAAUCUUAAAAUUGGUUUGGCAGAUCAAGAAAUAUGAAAUAAAAAUUCAAACACACUGUGUAAUAAAGGAAGUUUAAACUUCAGCUGUCUCUUUACAGGAAGUGUUUAGGAAGGCAAUGUAAGUCACAUGCAGGGAGGUCUGACUAUGUGUAACCAAAAUUAUUUACCUCCUAAAUGGCAUAUAAUUGAGCAUUGAGACUGCAGGGGCAAUAUCUAUUCACCAAAAUGUCUUCAUUAAACUAAAGUUGUUUGGGGGCCUAUAGUGUUCCUAUAACAAAUAACCUACCUGGACAUGUUUUUUUUUUUUUUAGUAUAUAUAUAUUUUUUUUUUUUAUUAGAUUUCUGGCGGCAGGCAUAGCAUGGGUUCUCUGUGAAGUUGUUAAAUCACACAUCCCCAGCAAUGCUUGAAGUUAUUUCCUGCCAGAAAAGAUAAAAUGCUAAACGCAUACAACACACCCAUAAAGUAAAUUCAGUGUUCUGGAGUGCUUUGAGUGAGGAGCAUCCCACUUAAAAGGUGCUUUUUUAAAAAUAUAAUUCUCCUUACCUCCGUUGGCUCCCCUGAACUAUCUGAAGUGGCAGGCACGCUCUACUGCCUUCACCCGCAUUACUCUUCUCAGAUCUCCUCUGAAAGCUGUGCAUUGCGCACGCACACAUGGUGGUGGAGGGGGAGGUGUUGCUUUAGAGUCUUCUCAGUGAAGAAACAAAGUCUCUUUUGGGGAAAAAGGGGAGGUCAUUGGCAGAAUAUCCACAAAACAGGUUUGUUUGUGUGUUUCUUUUUUUUAUUUUUAUUUUUUUAUUUACAAUGUUGAGUGUUCCUUUAAGCAAUUAGCCAUUUGAAUGGAGAGUAGGUUUUUGCCCCUGAAGACGUGCACGUCAUUCUAUCAUUAGUGGCUCACUGUAACUUAUGUAAGCCGUAAAUACUGUACCCAAAAUCCAUUUUUAUUUUUAAUUUUAGAGAGAUGUUAAAAAGACUUGGUUGGCAAUUAAAGGACAACCCUAGGCACCCAGACCACUUCAGCUUAAUGCAGUGGUCUGAGUGCCAGGUCCAGCUAGGGUUAACCCAUUUUUUCAUAAACAUAGCAGUUUCAGAGAAACUGCUAUGUUUUAUGAAUGGGUUAAGCCUUCCCCCUAAUCCUCUAGUGGCUGUCUCAUUGACAGCCACUAGAGGCGCUUGCGUGCUUCUCACUGUGAUUUUUCACAGUGAGAGCACGCAAGUGUCCAUAGGAAAGCAUUAUGAAUCCUAUGUGACUGGCUGAAUGCGCGGGGAGGAUCGGAGGAGGAGAGCUCCCCGCCCAGCGCUGGAAAAAGGUAAGUUUUUACCCCUUUCCCCUUUCCAGAGCCGGGCGGGAGGGGGUCCCUGAGGGUGGGGGCACCCUCAGGGCACUAUAGUGGUCCUUUAAGUGUGACUGGAUAAGUGUGGAAGUUUCUGUUUAAUUUAUAUUUAUUUAGCCAUCAAACUUUACAUAACAUAUCCCUAGAAAGGAUACAAGGUGUGUCUUGGGUACGUAGUUUGAUGCAUGUGAUCAUUUCUGUUUAGACUUGUCUGCAAUGGUUUUUUUUAUUUUUUAUUCUCUCAAUAUUGCUUGUAAAUCAACUGAUCUGCAUUGUUGCAAAGGUUCUUAGAUGUUGCGACUAUGGUCUGGUUUUCAAUAUGAAACUGCAAACACCCUUCCAGCCUCCUCUAGCAUUUAAAAAAAAAAAAAAUUAUAAUCCACUUGUAUGGAUAGAUUAAUGUUUUGUUUACAAAUUAAUGUACUUUUUAAAAUUUAUUUAGAGCAGUUCAUAAACAUUUGCACCCUUGUCUUCUAGGAAUCAUGUACUGGUUUAUAUGCGUGAGGGCCUGUGCUCACUUUUUAUUUAUUUUUGUUUGUUUAUUUAACAAUCGGUUCUAAUCCAAACCCUAGGAUGAAAUUGAGCAGCCAAAAAUCCCAUCUAUAGCGGAAACCGUGGACCCUAUAACUACAAGCCAGUUGGUUGAAGAUAGUGUUUUUGAAGACUGUCCAAAAGAAGAAAAGGUAAUUUUUUUCAAUUUAUAGAAUAUAUUUUUUUUAAAGUUGGUACCCAUUACUGAUUUGUUUGUGAAAUUCACCAACAUUUGUAGGGUGUGGCACUGGAUUUGCUACUAAUAAAUUAUCAUGAAAUCAGGAUUUGACUGUAUUAAAGGGAUCUUAUGGUGCCAGGAAAACAACCCCCCCCCCCUCCUUUGCGCACCCCCCUUCCCAUGGGACGGAAGGGGUUAAACUUACCUUAAUUCAGGCUCCGCCCACGCUCCUUCCCAUCCCCCCAGCUGGCAGGGUAAACCUAAUGCGCAUGUGCGGCAAUGGCUGCGCGCACAUUAGACCUCCCCAUAGGAAAGAAUUAUUCAAUGCUUUCGUAUGGGGAAAAUCUGACACUGUACGGCCUCAUGCUCUGUAUGAGCGUGAGACCGUCCAAUGUCAGAUAACUGACCAAAAGUCAGUUUGGAAUCUGGAAGCCCUCUAGUGGCAGACUUAGAGCUCUGUUUAACAUUGCAGCACUAGGUGCAAAAGAAACACAGCAGCCAGACCACUUCAAUGAGCUGAAGUGGUCUGGGUGCCUACAGUGUCCUUUUAAGCAUUGAUUGGCACAACUGAGUAAUGUCAUAUUUUCUAAACACAGGGACAGUUGUUUUAAAACCUUAAGAUAUAUCAUUGAUAUCCUCGUUAUCUGCUUCAAUAAAAAAAAGUGUAUAUGCAAUAUUGCAGUUGUUGCAUUUAAAUCCGAGCUACUCAAAAAGUACAAACACACUUUAACUCUACGGCAGUCUUUUACUUCCAUGUCAGCGUACAUGCAUCCACCUGCAGAUGAGUGCUCCCAUUGUCCCUGCGACAUGAAUCAUGCAGGCCUGUAGAAUAUACUCUUGUUCAAGGUUCUGAGUCGAGGAGAGGUUUGGAUAGUUUACUUGCAGUAACGCUACUUUGAAUUUUUAACCAUGGAGAACUAAUCUUUGGAAUCGUUCAACUAUACAGGAUCUCCAGAACUUACAAGCAUAGGAUGAACUGGCUUGUGGAAGUGAAUGCCAACCUAUUAAAGUGUUUUAUUUUUACCCCUAGGAAACCAGACCAGAGCAAAUUUUAAAUGUACCUGUGAUUGACGCAGACACCAAAGACCUUGAAAAGGGGACUUUGAAAUUGACAACUAGCACAGAGAACAUUUCCAGUUCAUCUACCUCAGAGAUUCCUCCUGUCCCGCUGCCAGAGUAAGACUGCUCUACAUGUUUCUAUUAUUUAAACAUAUUAUAGGUGUGUGUUUAGCUUGUUAAACUGUGUUUAAAAUGGAUUGGACUGUUUACCUUUUAAAGGUUAAUAUCACAGCUGUAAGUUAAUUGCUGAGCACAGAGUAGACACAUUAAUUAUGUUAAGCAUUAUCAGUAAAUGAUCACAUAUUUAAAUGCAUGGUAAGCUUUACAGUAAGAUUAAUUGUAUUUGUCUUCAAAGUAUGAUUACAUCAUGGUGAUAGAUGUAGAGUGCAUAUAUAAAUCCAAACCAACCUCUCAAUCUGGUUCUUAUGGACCCCGUGCCAGCAAUGAAAUGCCAUGCUUAUUUAUGCUCCCCAGCCUGAGAGUAAUACAAAAUGAGGGAACCUCCAUGUCAGUGGUAGCGGUUGGUUAUGGUCAUGGUAUGACGAUAUAGGUAAUUUACUAAAAGCCAAUGUGAAUAAAUAUUUCAGCUGCUGUCCAUUUUCAGAAUACUCUUGCGACCUGUUUUUUGCUCUCCAUAAGUUUAAAGGGUAAUCCAGACGUGGACCCCUUGCUCACGGUGCCUAGAGAGAUAUCAGCUAUGCCUCACUGAUGAUGCCUAACAAGGCUGAAAUGAUCGUCUAGGGUUGCUUUAUCUCUCGUGCAGAGAGAACUUGCUGGCAUUUUGGAUCUGGACUGCCUGUAUGGGUGGGACCAGUCUGAUUUGCUUCAGAUAUGUUCUCUCUGUAACGGCACAAGAUGAGCUAAAACCAGCUUGAGUUCUGAGCGGGGACCCACCGAAGGGCAGGCUAUUUCAGCUGCUGUCCAGUCUCAGAAUACUCUUGCGACCCGUUUUUUGCUCUGAAUAAAUGUGUUCAGGGCAUUCUCAUAUGAUAUGGAAUACGCUGGUGAAGAGGAGUAAAAUAAAAGGAAUAGUCGGUUGAGGUGUGCUGAAACCGAUGUAUGCUGUAGGCCGGUAAAUAAAGUGGGCAAAAAGAGAAAUAUCAAAGCAAAAACAUUUAUUCAGAAUCAUAGUACAUUACAUAUUAGGUAGACAUCUUAAUGAAAGCCCUCCUAAUCUCUUGCACUGGGUGUUGAAUGUAAGUGGCGUAAGCCGAGGACUUCCAGCGGCUCAGUGUCUUAAUCACGUGCGCUGGGAUAUCUUGGCUAGAGGCCGUGGAGGCAGCUCCGAUUCUGAAGGAGUGCCCUGAGUAGUUGCUAGGAUUUAGACCAAACCUGGUGAUGAGCAUGCGGACAUAAAGCAUAAACUUAGCCGUGGUAAGAACUGCAUCAUGUAGUAAUAGCAGUGGUUCUGUGGUGCGUGUUGGUAUUGUGGCACCAAUUGCUUCCUGUGGGGUAGUAUGUUAUGUGAACUGGUUUCCCCCAUCUGACUUGUUUUGGUAUUAGGUAGGGUCAGGAUGUAGUGGUCUGUAUGUUUCCUAAGGUAAGAGGUGAAGAGGCACCCUUGGCUAUGGUGCUGUCCACUAAUGGUGAAUUCUCUCGGUCUAAGGAAACCAUAAAAGGCUAGAUAAAUGGCGGUUUUAAUAACCGCGUUCGUAUGGGGUUCAAACGGUGCCUGGUUGAGUAGGUCGCACAAGGAUUUGAACAUUUUAAUGUCCAUGGCCAGUCUCUGUUGCUGGACCGAAUUUCUUUCACGACCAUAACACUACCACUUGAAAUGGGCUGAUAUGCUUUAUAGCUAACAAACACAAGUGCUUUCAGACAUUCUUGUCUUUACUGUGGGGCAUGCAUUAAAGAAAGGGUUCUGCAGUCAACUUGUUGCAGUAAGCCUAAAUUUUACGCUGUUUAAAUAGAAGCAAGGACAUAAUGGUUUACGUUUGGUUUUUUUUAAAUUGGAAACAAAAAAACACACUCCUCACACUUAUCCCACAAACUAACAUCCACUCAGUUUUGAUACACCAUUCUUGCACUAAUCAUCCAGUUCAAGGGUUAACUACAGUCUGUAUGUGCAGCAUCUGUUUGUGCAAUGUUUAGCUAGGAAACGCUGCACAUACAGAGUUUAACCACUUUGCUGCUGGACUUUUAACUCUACCUCCAGUAGUCCAAUUGUGGGAUGUCCUUAGCCAAUGUAAAGCAAGAGUUCUGGGCUUGCUAAUGUCAAUUAUGUACAUAUUUAUAUGCACAGAUUCUCAUUCAUUGGCUGAGAAGUUAGCUGUCGCUCUAACCCUUUCCCAUGAUAUGUAACAAACAUAUGCUACAGGGUAUAUGUUUGCAGUACAAACUUUACAGUCACUAUUACCAAAUGCUGCUAUUCUGUCCCUUUUUUUUUGCAUAUAACUAAAAAAUAAAAUAAAGUUAUUCACCUUCUCUUUAAAGCAAGAAUCUAAUAGAAAAUUAAUGAAAUCUGAUUGAAACAAAAAAAAAAACAACUUUAACAGUCCGGUCAGUCUUCUAUAAAAACCAGUUCGGCAACAUAUUUACAGAGACCUUUGUGUUGGUUAGUUUUUUCUUCCAUUUUCAUUUGUUUGGUAAAGGACUCUGACCUCUUUCUGCUCUGCAAGUGUUUCAAAUUUAGCUAAAUUCAUGGCUCACGGGGGGAAAAAAAACAACCCCCAAAAACCUUUUUGUGGUAGGAUACUGAAAUCAUUUGAUAUCCAAUACCCUGUGUAUCCUACUUCCAAAACUGGCAUUUUGUAUUCAGGUCACCUGGCCAUAAUCAUCAGCGUUUUAUGAUUCAUUCACUUCCUGUUCAGCUUCAAAACCUCAUUUACUGCAUUCCCUUCCUAACCCUCAUCCAUAGGAGUGCCAUGCUUUCACGAUGUGUCACCCCUGAUAUUGUUGUAAUAUACAUAUAAUCAGGAAUUAUGUUGUGGUUUUCUUGUAUGUACAUGUCAGUUUGCUAUAACUGCCAAGCUCUUGAUAAUUAAGAAAGAAUCAGCACUUGUUUCACAUGGUGGAUUGCAUGACCAGAGAUAUUUUGAAUAUAAAACAUCCAUUAAUAAUGCCUAUGUGAAAAUAUGCCUUUUCUGUCACGUUAGUCUAUUGGAGUUUGUGUAAGUAGUGAAAAGCCUGCAGGGACUUUGUACCCCAGAACAAAAUCCACCCAUUAGUGCCUUGUCCCACUACCAGUCAUGAAUGAAGCAGGAUUCCAAAAUCUGAUUUCAUGCUUCUCUACAGCAGAAGCAUUGUAUUGAUUGACAAUGAAACUUACUGUAGACAACAGGGACCCUCAUCCUUUGUCACAAGUAAACAAACGAAAGGGAGACACAAAAAAGGAAGAAAAAAAAAAAGAUAUGGACGGAUAUGAGUCUAAGGAAGAAAUGGAGAACACUUGAUAUGGCAUCACUGUCUCCUUCCUAUAGAUAUCACUACCUCCCCACAUGCCAUGAUACUUCUUCUGUCAUUUGCCAUUAUGAGGGAGCAGGCAACAUAUGCUCCUUCAUUCAUACAUACUGACUCCACACUAAUUUAUACUUAAAAAAACAAAACAAAAAAACACUAACUGAAUUCUGGUGCAUGUAUAUGUGGUGGUAAAUAACUUUUAGGUCUGACUUGAAGGUUAGAAGUUGAUAUUCUUAAACAUUAGCCUAUGAUUCCCAAAACCUUUCUCUCGUCUAGUGAAUUGUCUCCAGUUGUUAUAUCUCUAGAAUAGCUAUCAGGCAGGCUUUAGGUUUUUUAAACUACAAAUCCCUUGAUGCUUUACAGUUAUGAUGGCAAUAUAUUACAGGGUUGUAGUUGUACAACUUAAGGGGGGACUGCAUUGAGCACAUUUGCAUCUCAUUUUUUUUGUUUGAGGAGUACCUAAAUCUUUAUGUAGACUGCUUUUAUUAUACAUGCGUAUAUAACAUUACGAAUAAACAUGCUGGGAUACUUUUUCCAUAACCGUAAUCUAUUUCUUUUCAUUGUGUGAGCUUCUAGAUAAGUGACGAGUGUACUUUAUAAUGCCUUCUGUAGACGUUCUAAACCAAUCGCAGCCACCCAUUGCUGCUAAGGCUAAUACUGUCUCUUUAGCCUAAGCAACAUAAAGGGUUUGGGCUUCUGGGGACUCUAUUUUCGCUUUAAAAAUUGUUUAAUGCUUAAUGGUAGAAUGGGGGCCAGACACUAUGACAACUUCAGUCAGAGGAAGCCAUUACAAUUCCUACAAUAUCUCUUUAACCUGUUGCUCAAAGGGUCAUUUUAGGCACCUACCAAAUUUAAAGUAUUGGCCUCAUUCAUGCUAUAUUUUUCUCCACAUUCAAAUUUCUUUAGUUUGGUACAAGAUUGAACAGUGAGACAGCAUGGACAUGAUCUAGACCCCAAAAGUGCUUAAUUAAACUAAAGUUGUUUUGGGGCUUAGCAUGUUCCAUUAAGCCAAUGUAUUGAAACCAAUGAUGGUGUUGUAGUUAAUAGAAGAUUGUCCAUGUGCUCUAUUCUAUUAUCCCUCUUUAAUAGGGGUUCUGAGAAACACAUCCUACUGGAACUUGUACAGGCACUUCAGAUUUCAACAGUUUUGGAUAAUUUAGGUGAAUGUGUUGUGCAAAUUUGCCUCCUGUGGGAUAUAUGAGUGAAUUUGUUUAUUUUUUUUGUUUUACAGACACCAUAUUGAUAAUUCUGAGUCUAAUUGAACUUGAGUAAAUAACUUGUGUGCUGAUAGAAUAGAUUCUAUGCCAAAAUAGAAUAUCUCUGUAAUUUGUGAGAUAUCUCAGUGGGCUAAUGCAUCAUCAGUAGAAUCUGUUCAGCCCUUGGGUCACAGGUUCAAAUCCUGGCACGGUUAACUCAGCCCUUCAUCCUUCCGAGAUAGAUAUGUGUAAUAUUAAAUUGGGUAAUAGUAACAACCCUUGGAUGUUGGGCUAAGGUCUCCAAGACGUACUUCCCCACGACGUACUUGAAAACCAGAGUAAUCUGAAUGUAAUCUUUUGUUUUUGUAUUUUGUUGUACCUAAUGUAACAAUGCAAUGAUUUGUGAACCUAGGACAUACUUGAAAACGAGAGAAAUCUCAAUGUAUCUUCCCUGGUAAAAUAUUUUAUAAACAUAAUAAUACGAAUACCAAAGUAAUUAACAUUUCCUGGUUAAAUACUUUGGUAUUUGUAUUAUAUUAAGGCACCCAGAUACCUCCACAGCCCUCCUUUUCUUUGCUUGGGAAGGGGUUUCUGCAAUCUCUGGUGGUCCGGUGGGGAAGCCCUGGCACAGUGGUGACGGUGAUCUCUAGCAGCCUCAGGAGCUGCUAGAGUUCACUCUUGUGAGAUUUGUUCAUGCUCGCGAGAGGAGAACCCUGUAUGUUAGAGCUCCCACGGGUUCUCUCUCCCUCCAUCCCCUGCCAACUGUCAGCAAAGUGCUAGCGAGCCAGAGAGGGAGAUCUCUGAUCUCCCCUCCAGUCCUGCAGAGCCGGCAGGGGAGAGCACAGUUCCCAGUGCUAUGAUUAUAGCGCCGGGAAAAUAUCUUGCAGUGCCCCUGCACACAGUCUGGGUACCACUGCUAACCACAGCUAUAAGGUAACCUUUAGUCUUGAAAUAACAAUUAUUUUUUUGUGACUAUAGGUUCCUUUUAACUAGAAACUGCAUAGGUUAUCUUGUUGAGAUUAGGAUGAGCGGAAGCAAUAUCAUUGAUCUGUAAGGGGUUAAUUAUUAUUGUGCAAAACCAAACAUUAAGAACCUCAUACAAGCAAAUAUUUACUUCAAAGUUUAAAACUUUAUUUAAUUUUUAGUGAUUUCUGUUUUCUAUACAAUUUUUUAUUUUUAUGGUAUAUUUAGGAUUAUUUUAUUUUAUGUUUCUAGCAUAUGGUUUUCUUUUUUGUAGUAUAGAAGUCCUUUUUAACAGGAGAAUACAUUUUGUUUGUGUAAUAUCAAGAUUGUAAUGUUGCAUUUAAAAAAACGAAAGUAUUUAGGCAUUUGAAUUUUAACUUUUUUUUUUAACUGUUUUAAAAUCGAUGCACUGUUAAAUUAUUAAAGCCUUGCUGGAAUUGUUUGUAAAGGCUAUUUACAAUGAAUAAAAUCAGCGUUGGUUUAUAGUGGGAUCUAUAUAAAAAUGCUUAACAGGAAAAAAAGCGUGAUGCAUAGUAAUAGGUGGCAUCUGAUCUAUUGAUAAUUAUGAGCCAUAUGCAGGUUUGAUUUUCCCGUUCCAUACUAGAGUUCUACAAAAAGUUUCAGGGCAUCCUCAAGGGAACUUUUUGUUUAGCUCUGGUAACCCUAUGUCGCCAGUGCACCUUAUAAGGUAAUAAGAGCUUGGACUGAUGGUGGAAUACAAGUGUGUGCCUCUGUUAUGAUUACUACAUAAAACAUCCCAAGGGUAAAAAAGAUGUUGUUUUCUUUCCCCUUCAGUGCAAUAGAAAAUUCCAGUGCCGCUCUCCCCGUAGUCGGCGCUAGUGAAAGUGAGCAGUCAGAUCCUGACUGUGACAUUGGGGGGGCAAUAGAGGUUGACCCUCAGAGUGAGCCCUCCUUUAUCAAUCCGCCAGCGAGGUGAGUAAUAACGAAGGCUGAGCGUGCAAAGCUGAACCCAUUAAAAGUAAAAAGCCAAAAAGGUAACCCUACCAUCAGCUGCUCUAGCCACCAACAUCCGCCGCUCAUGUGCUCUGCUUGCUUUCCUCUUUGCAUUCAUCUGCAAAGUAUAACAUAUGCAUGACAUCAAGAUGAGAUUGAGAUGCAACUAAAGAGACAUUUGAGCUGUGUUGGCUUUCAUACUAUUGUGCCGAUUUUUUUAUUUUUUUUUAUUUAAAUUAUACAGAAUAUAUUUUCUUUUUACUGUAUUCAACUCUGCAGCUCUUAGAGUCUUAGAAUCUUAGAGUUGACAUUGCUGAGCACGGUAACCUGAAACUGUGCAGCUGCAUUAAUGCUCUUUCAGUUGCAUUCCUGCUUUUAUAUUUAACAAGAUUCCUCGGCUAAUUACUACAGGUAAGAUGCUCUAGUUGCAAGGAUAGCCGCAUCACAAAGGUUAGCCAUUACUGGCUCUAAUGGAAAUACUUAUAUAAUACAAGCAUGUCAAAUUAUAAUUGCUUGGGGAAGGGGGAGGGCAGAGCCAUAAUUCUUUUUUCUGAUGCCAUGGAGUGUAUUGUGUAUAUGUAGAAUGGAAAAUACAUAUUUUAGUAUUCGCUUGCUUGCAAAGAAAUGCAUGAUUCACACUUCUUAAAAUGUCUUGUAUAGUUUCUUUACAUUUUGUUUUGUUCAAAAUUUCCUUCUAGUCUUGGAAAUGAACAUGUUGAAAACAACUCCAUUCCGCAUGACAAUAGACCAGUUGAAAACUCUCCUUAUGCCGGUACCAGUGAGGAGCAGUUACUGAUUAAUGGCUCAGAAGAACUUGUAACAGAGGUAUGCCUAAAAGUGUGUAUUCUGGACCUAAAUGAACAGUAACCUUCCAAAGUUCUCAAGAUAAUGGGGUUAGCCAUCGUGUAAUAGUUUGUAUCAUUAUUCUGAUUAAUUUGUUUCUCCUCAUAAUAUUCUCAUACAUGUGUUGGCCACUCAAGAGAGUAGGUGAACUCAGGACAGUUGGGUUAAGUAAUUUCUCAACAGACAUAAAUCAGUGUUUGCCAACAUAAAAUAGUCACUCUAAUAAAAUUAAAUAGCUACAUAGCCUGAACAGAAAAAUACCUACUGUAUGCUUCAUAACUGCAUCUGGUUACUAAAUGUUUGCUUGAUGAUUCUACUUGUAUGCAUCUAGCCUGUGCCCACUGACACAGUAAUGAUCUGUCUGCCUGAUCUGUAUCUGUGGAUUUUAGGGACACUCUUUGUAAAUUUAACCGGUCAUUCACAUAUUGAGUUGAUAAAAGAUCACAUUUAUAAAGGCAUAGUGGCCAUCAAUAUACUGUAUUGGGGGAAAAAGCCAAUAAAUCUAUAGAGCAUGGACCUGAUCUAGACACCAAAAUUGCUUCAUUAAACUAAAGUUGUUUUGGGGCUUAGCACGUUCCAUUAAGCCAAUGUAUUGAAACCAAUGAUGGUGUUGUAGUUAAUAGAACAUUGUCCAUGUGCUCCAUCUACUUGAUUCCCUCCCCUCCCCUCCCCCCCAACUAACCGCGGAUCAAGUAGAUGGAACUGGUGCUAUGUGGUAUAGUGCUUUAUCUCUUGGAGGUGAGGGGACUGAGUUCCCAGCCCCUUCAGAAUUCCAACUUUAGUAUCUUUACUGCUAUUCUGAUGGUGUGCAAAUUACAUAGCAGUUAAAAGGCUAAAUUCAAAUAUAGUUAAAUAGCCUUUCAGUCAUAUGUAUGUUAGCAGUUAGGGUAGCACAAUAUGUAGAUUAAAUGUUAUGCUCUUUAAAGUGACCCCAGCAAAUCAUGUUUGGUAUGACAGGUAGACUUUAAUGCAACUGAAAUAGGUUGCUUUAUGUGCUUUGGGUAUGCCGUUGGUUCCAUACCCCCUCAAAUCAGGAAAUCCAAGUAUUUACAUUCUAACUGUAGCUGUAGCUAGACUCACAAUGUUUAGGAUCCAGAUUUGUGAUACUCUCUCCUAAGCACAGCACCAGAGAAGGUUCAUGUCCUCAAAGCAACAUUUUUAAAAUGUGAUUUCAGCUAAAAUAGUACACCCAGGCCCAAGGGUGAAGUAUCACUGUUUUCUGUUAACUCUUUACUGUAUCCUUUACUACUCCACCCGAGGCAUAGUGUAAACCAGGGGUGGGGAACCUUUGGCCCUCCAGAUGUUGUAGACUAAAUCUCCCUUGAUGCUUUGCCAGCACUAGGGCUGUAAGAGCAUUAUGGGAGAAGUAGUCCAAAACUUCUGGAGGUACCCCACCCCUGGUGUAAACAUACAAGUGCUAAGUGUUUGAUCUUCUGUAUAAAACGCAGGUAUUACUGUUUGAAAGUUUAAUAACAUAGUUUUUAUAUUUAACCCCUUCAGAUCCAGGGCUAAGUAAAUCGUUCAUGCUUGUUGCUGGUCCUGAAGAGGUUAAUAGAACCUGUUUCUGCAGAACUCAAAUUCAAAAAGGCUGUAUGAUGGCUUUGACAGUGCGUGCAACACCGUGAUUUAUAGUCUCCUCCAUUCUUAUGUUAUUUGAUCUUUCCCCCUCAAUAGUGUUUCUCUUAUUGCUUUUAAGUUGACUGAAGUCAUGCAGCCAGCUCUAUGUCUGUGUUAGCAUUAUAGGAAAAAAAAUGUUGAGGGGGAACAAGAACAAACUGAAAUGUCUGAAUGUUGCUAUUUACUACAUAGUAGACUAGGCAAACUUGCAGAGAUGUGAAUUUGAAUUAAAGAAUAAUAUAAUUAGAACUAAUUUUCAGAAUCCACCGGCAAUGCAUGUGGUUUGGCAAUGAGACAUGUUUGCUUCCUAAACCAGUCCUGCGGCUUUUGAUGACCGAGCAAUUAUUUGUCUCUAUUUAUUUAUAUAGACAAGUUUUAUCAACCUCUCUACAGAGACUCUACAGAUCUAAAAACAAUUCCUACGUACCCCUGCUUCAAUGAAGUAAUUUCUAUUGAUUUUAAAUUCAAAAUGAAACUUGUAGACCAUGAUAUUUAAGUUAAUCGCAAGGUCACGAAAUUAAAAUAUAAUACACACCUAAUAGUUACACACAGAACACUGGCGCACACAAUAAUAUUGUUUUUACAUUAUAUGUUUAGAAAGUACCGUAGUUUAAAAUACAUUUUAUUCUUGUUCUAUAGAUUCAGUUGCAUAAAUGGCUAUUAGGUCAUGGUAUCCUAUAAAGAGUACAGUAGCAACUCUCUUUGGCAAUUUUAAAUGUUAGGUGGUUCUAGCUUUUUGGUUCUUUUGAUCCAUGAUUAAUAUACUGGGGUUGGAAAUUGCUGAGAAAAUGUUGACUUCUUGUGCAGUGAAUGGAUUUUGCAUUUAAUAUAUUGUUCCUUAAUAUGUUUUAUGUUUGUGGCAUUUGCAGAAACUUGACCAAAAGGACACCUCUGGAGUUGACCCUGCAGCUUCUGGGAGCCAAAAGGACCCUGUUGACAUUCCAACAUUUGAUGAGUGGAAGAAACAAGUAAUGGAAGUUGAAAAAGAAAAAAGUAAGUUUUUGUAGCCGACAGAACAUUGGUCCACCGAUACCACGCUUUAUAUGUGCGUGAGCGUAAGCAUUAUACAUCAAAGCAAAAUGUUUUAUAUAACAGAUGUGUACAGAAACUUCAUGCAUUCACGUGGUAAGUAAUAUUGAAGGUUUUGUAAAUCAAAAAAAAGUACCACUACAAAUUAAAGUAAAUUAUCGAAAACCCUACUCAGUGUUGCCUCACAACAAACACCAGACAAAAGUGAACAAAUAUGAAUAGUUGGGGGGAUCUAAUACAAAAUACAGUAUAUAGAAAAACCAGGGUAUUGAAAAUGUGUCAACUAAAUGCAAACAGGAUGGGGAACAGAUUCUACACACUGGAAUGUCGUUAAACAGCUAUAGAUAUACAACAGACUGUAUAUAGUUUAGUAUGGUUUGAGACCUACAAAGGGAAAUGUGAUGGAAAUGUACUCACAACGUAGAAAUUAAUUCAAGCUUGUCUUGCUUGAAUACUCAGCCGCAAGAGUAUAAGAAAAACAGGGGUAUCUCCAUUGCAAGUGGACCACAUGGAAAUAGAUCUCUUUAUGAGGAGUUGAUGUCGAGCUAGUGGGGAAAUAAACAGUAAAAAAAAAAAAGCAAAUUGCAACUGUACAGUCAAAUCUAAUGCGUUUCGUCCCGUCAGGACUUCAUCAGGGUUAUGUUAUUCUCAAUGUCUGCUUGCGGUGAUAUCAUUAUUUUAUUGGCAGAUUUUCAAUACCCCUGGGUAUUAGAUCCUAUUCAUAUUUGUUGAUAUUGAAGAUUUUGUGUGUGUUUGUCUCAUUUAUUUUAUCUUAGUGUUGGAUUGAGCAUAUUCAUACAUGGACACCCCAUAUGUCUCUUAACUAAAUUGUUAGAUAAUUUUAGAGUCUUAAAUGGAAUGUGAAGGUUACUCAUCUGAAUCUCACUAACUUCUAUAAAUCUGCAGCUUUUGCAUGUACCUGUAGGUGGCUGAGAUUUGUUUUCAUUUUGAGCAUCAUGCAUGUCCUGCAGAUUUUUCAUUCUUGCGCAUGAGUAUGACACGUGUUUUUGUGGUGCGUGCAUUGUUUUAUAAUCAACCCACAUACAACGGUGACGUCAAGUGCUGAGCAUGAAGGACUGAGACACGUGUCAUACGCGAGAAGGCAGCAAUGACAUACUGGAAGAGGCCAUUGCAUUUACAAGUGGAAUGCAUAUCGCAAACGGAUGCAUUUUUUAUUUUAUUUUUAUCCUGCAAGAUUGCAGCUGUGCAGUGUUCGAAUUUUUUUUUAAAAUGUAUAAUGUCAAAAAUGAUGGUAUUCCUUCAUAAAGGGCACCCCUUAUUGGCUCAGAAGUAUUUAAGUAUUUAAGUGUUUUGUUUCUUUGUGUUAUCUACCAGAUGUUUUUUUUUUUUUUUUCAAGUGUAUUUAUAACCCUUGUAUUUAUUCAUAGUUUCAUAUCAUUUGUUAACUUUGAAUAUGUGAAUAUUCUUUGACCUUUGCAUUUGUUACUUUUUGGAAUGUCUUCUAUACCAUAAACAUGGGUGUUUGCAUUGUAACAUUUUAAAUUUUAUGCAUGCAAGUCACUUUGGUUUAUUGUUUAAAGCUAAUAAACUCGUCUUGCAAAGAAGUAAUAUGUAAACUGAUACAAAUAAUGAAUAAACAUGUCUAUUCGAACUCACGUCAUCCUAACACUUUUUUUUUUUUUUCCUCUUGCAUACGUCUUGUUCUCAUUUAUCACGUAACUAUUUGCAGGAAAAAAUUCUAUAUUCAUGUUUCAGUAUGAAUGCAGGUCUGCAACCUCAGACUGCUCCAUACAAUUUUCUGUCUUCUGUUUUUUUUUAUUUUAUUCCCUUUUUAAUUUCAGUUGAGUCAGAAGUAGACUGAUCUUGAAACACAAUCUAUCUUUAACAUAUUUUACAUUUGAUCUGUGCUCAGAAGCCUUUCUAUUUGACCUUCAUGUUUUAGUCUGCUGUAGAUAUUAAUAACAAAAGGCAUACCAAGAGCUGGAUGAACGUCAGAUGAUAGUUUCACAUGGCCCCGAAACGGUAAUCUGUCUGCUAGUAAACUUAAAGUGUAAUCAUAAUUUAAUAACUUGCGUUCAUUCUAUUUAUCACAUACCCAAGAUUAAUUUUCCAUCCAGCCAACCUACCUCCUGAGAUCUGCUCUUUGGAAUCCAUUCUCGUAAUCUCCUUUCCUGGUGUUUCUCAUCCUGAGGCCCCUCCAGCAGCUUGGAGCGGUUGUAUCCUUAGAGAGAGUGCAUUGCUUUGUUAGCUUCCAUGAUAUUUUGUUUGUUUAUCCAUGUAUAUACUAGUUUAUGUUUCUAAAUAUCCAUUGCAACAUUGAACAGUGUGUGUACAUGCAAGUUACAAGGUAAUUGUGAAGAAAACCCCCACAUUAUUUUUCUUGUUUAUCUUGGUAAAUAUAUAUUACAUCAAUCCAUAUAUAGGAAUAUAUUUUUCUCCCCCCAUAGGCCAGAUCAUGCAUACAUCUUCAAAUGGAGGACAACACUCUGUGAAGGUUCAAAAAAACAGAAAUAAUUAUGCUUCGGUGGAGUGUGGCGCAAAAAUACUGUCUGCAAACCCUGAAGCCAAGGUAAUUUGACACAAAGCGGACAGAAUGUUUAAAAUCCGUGCCAACACAUCUAAUUUUAUUUUUACAAUAUAGGAUUCUAGCACAUAGUUGAAGGCAGCACUAACACUCAAACUAGAGUAUCUCUGUUCCGGUCCAAAAGAAAAUGCAUAUGGUAGGGGAAGGUAGGGCCUCUGAGGUAGAAGUAGUCUCAGUGGUUGUUUGAUAUAUCAAAGAAAAAGAAGACCACAAAAUAUAGUGUAUAUUCUGUAUAAAAUAGUUCAGAGUAAGAAGUGCACUUACCAAUUAUAGAGCUCGAGUAGCGCCACGUCAGCGUGAUCCCCGCCUAAGGAUGGUUGGUCUCUUUAAUAAAGUGCUAAGGUUCAUGGUGACUUCUUGUAGGCAGGUUAACUCAAGAUGAUAUAUUUCCUUGCGGAAGACUUUAUGAAAGAGGGAGAGCAAAAAUAUGGUGCUGCUCAAUACACAGCACUUAUUUGGUAUGCUCCACACCAAGGAGAAAUGUAUCAUGGCUUCAGCAGAAAAGAUAUGGGGCAAGUCCAUAAGAGGUUUUAGAAAAAAAAAUACUACUUUAUUUAACAAAAUAAGUGUAUAUAAAAUAAAUCCAAGUAGUAAAAAAACACAGUUUAUGCGUUUUAUCUCUAAAAAGGCUAACACAUUAGUAUAUCCAACUACAACUGCGUCUACAUUUAAUUUUGUUACCAGGCCCACUGACUGUAGUUAAAAUCCCAUGUAUCCUCAUGGUGUUCAUCCUUAAAGGGAAACUCCAGUGCCAGGAAAACAACCUGUUUUCCUGGCACUGCAGAUACCCUCUCCCUUCCACCUCCCAUCAAAGGUAGCUGAAGGGGUGACAACCCCUUCAGGUCACUAACCUGAGACCCCGCUGAUGUCCCUCGGCGGUGGUUUCAGGUCGGCGUCGCUCCUCCCAGUAAUUACGUCAGCCGGUGGGCGAGACUGAUCCCACCCGCCGACUGAGGAAACCUAAUGCACAUGCGCGGCAAUGCCGCGCACACGCAUUAGGUCUCCCCAUAGGAAAGCAUUGAAAAAGAUUUUCAGUGCUUUCCUAUGGGGAAUUGUGCGACGCUGGAGGUCCUCACACAGCGUGAGGAUGUCCAGCGACGCUCUAGCAAAGAAAAUCUUUGCUAUGAAUCAGGAAGUGCCCUCUAGUGGCUGUCUACUAGACAGCCACUAGAGGAGGAGUUAACCCUGCAAGGUAAUUAUUGCAGUUUAUAAAAAAACUGCAAUAAUUACAGUGUCAGGGUUAAGAGUAGUGGGAGUUGGCACCCAGACCACUCCAAUGGGCAGAAGUGGUCUGGGUGCCUGGAGUGUCCCUUUUAAAGUAUAAUAUUUAUACACUGCUUCAGGUAGCUCCAUCCUGGGCAUUUCAUCAGCAAACCUCUCUGAAUAAUACACAGAAAAUUUAUAAUAUUUCAGCAUUUUCUGAAAAUUCUAAAUUUGAUAACUUGGCAUUGAGAUCCCAGUCUGAAUUAGUGCAGUAAGUAGUGAAAAUUAAUUUAUUAUCCCCAACAGUUCUCACUUCAGUGAAUAAUUUGAAUAAUCCUGAUACAACCAGCUAUAGGAUUGACAUAUACAACAUCAACCUAUGUUUCAUGCUCCUGCUAAUUAUUAAAUUGCUUACUUGUCACUACAAAAUAUUUGUCAGCAUUACUGUAUUUUUGCUGAAGAGUUUAGACAUAUUGAACUUUUAUAAAACAAAUUUGAAAAAGAUUUAGGUGAAGAACUAGAGGACCUAGAGUGGCAGGAGAUUUGGGAGACUAGUAAUACCACUUCCAUAUGCGUGACACUUCAGGAAUAAUCCUUUAAGACAAUGCUCCAAUGGUAAACCACACCGGUAAAAUUGUACAGAAUGAAUAAAGUUCCGACUCAUGAAUGCUGAAGGGGGUGUGGUAUGAAGGGUACAUCUUUUGUCAUAUGUGGUUGGACUACCCACUCAUAAAAAGAUUCUGGGGUACAGUCAGGGAUCUAUUGGUGCAGGUGUUCCACAGGGCCCCGGAUCUUGAUCCAUGGGUGUAUUUAUUAAAUAGGUCACUAGAGGGAUGGACCAGACAUGGACAAAAACCUCAUACAUAAAAUCACCUUGGCUGCUCGAAGAGCAGUACCAUUCUUAUGGCUAAAACAGGAUGUCCCGACUACUACAGUAGUAUUAACCAGAAUCUGAAAAACUCACCUCAUGGACAAUCUGACAGCUAGCGUAAGGGGAUCAAUAAAUACAUUUUAAAAAGUCUGGGAGCCUUGGGAUAACUGUACACUGGCGGAUUGAUAUGAGGCAGGAAGAGAGGGAGGCACCAACCCUACUUUUAGGGACAUAAGUAGAAUGAGAAACAGGAGAACAAUGUAUAGGUGACCCUCUACUUAGACACUGACCGCUCACUCUGCUCUUAUCACCUCCCCAUUCCCCAUACAAACCAUCAAAACUAGAACCAUGAUCAAAAGACCCCUCUAAUACUGUCUUCUAUCCUUUCUUCUUUCUCUCUUUCCUUUUUCUUAUAGCAACUAUUUUUGGGGGCCUGGACACCAUGUUUGUGCCUACCGGUGGCAACUUCAAAAAAAUUUGAAAUGCCAGUAAUCACUAUACAGUUACCGAUGUGUCAUGGGCACAGCAUAUAUCGAUAUGUCCAUGCUUCUUUGAUAUAUAUAUAUAGUUACCUUACCCCCAAAAAAGACACUUUUUUUGAUAUCUAAAAAGGAAUGGCCAUUAACAUGUAACAUGGCACGUUAAGUUGUACUUUACUGUUGAAACAAACAUGACACAGCAUAAUGGCUGUUUAUUAUGAUGCACACUAAUGUUGUACAACUAUUGCAAUAUGAUGACGGUCAUGCAAAAAUAAAGAAUUUUAAAAAUACUAAAAAAAAAAAAAAAAAAACUAUUUAAAGUCAUUUUCAACCAUCUGUUUUUUUAUAAUCUAUUCUAGAGCACAUCUGCAAUAUUAAUAGAAAAUAUGGAUCUGUAUAUGUUAAAUCCCUGCAGCGCAAAAAUUUGGUAAGUGGUUGAAAAUCAGUUGGUGUGUGUUCUGUAUGUGAUUGUGUGUUUGUUUUUGUUACUGAAUUUUUCAUUCAUGCAUUCCUAAUGGUUUAUUUAUUUUGCAUGUUUUGUUUAAUAACUCUGUUCUUCUAUUGCUUUAGUUAUUAAAAACUAGUUUCACUUUAGAGCAUAAUAUAGAACAUACUAUAUAUAGAUUUAAACUCUUGUUUUAAACUUUAUUUAUUUCCCCCCUCAGGCUUGUUAUAGAACUGUGUGAACCCAUCCAGGUGAAACAGUUGGACAUUGCAAACUAUGAACUGUUCUCCUCCACACCAAAGGAUUUUCUGGUUUCUAUUAGUGACAGGUAUUUUAUAAGCUUUGUUACAAACUUGACAAUCAUUGUUUUAUAAUUUAAAAUAGGUUUAAAUGUCACUACAUUUUUAAAUGUCACUACAUUUUUAAAUGGACGAGGAUCAUGUAUGCAAUGCCUCUUGAAUUAUUGUUGUUCACAUAUGAAAUUGUCAUAUGAUAGACUGCAAACACGUAACUCCUUUUGGUUUAUGUAUCUGCAGUUUUUAUAAGACACUGCAUCCAAGUGACCAAUUUACUUAUAUUCCUCAACUGGGCAAAUCUCGUAAUGUGAACGAUGAUAUCCAUGUUUCACAGUAUUUGCAAACAUUAUACAAACAGUAUAGUAUUUUCCUGGAUAGCUCCACAUGGGAGUGGCAGCGUGUCAGGUGUUUGUGGGCUUGAAGUAUUGUUUUCCGUUGGGAGUCAUUAAAUGUGACUUUCAAGCCGUUUUCCCACUUUUGUACGUAGGGAAUUUGUUCAUCGGGUGAGCGACUGUAUUCUGACGCAUACAAAACUUAGAUGAGUUUUACUGGAGAUUUUUGUUUUAAGCAGAUUAUUUUUCUGCAUCCGACGGCUGUUGUCCAUCAUUUUCGUUCUACAUAUGUUUAUGUAUUCAAGAGUUCAGUUGUAAAUUCGAAAAUUUUUAAUUUUUUGGGAGUUUGACUGUGUACCAGGUGAUAUAAGGAGAUGAUACCACGUUUGUCAUAUUUUAAAAAUUAAAAUCUAGAAUGAGGGUGGAAAGUGCCUCAAUGGGUAGUGCUAGAGAGAUUUGUUCGGCUAGUUUGUUCUUGUGUCUGUUGCUGUCCCAGUGUUGAAGUGUGAGAUCUAUGCCUUUUGUUAUCAGGCUUUUACCAUAAGACAAAGUUAAUCUUAUUUUGUUUUAUGAUGUAUUUUGGUUUUGUUAAAAUUCCCAUCAAAUCUUAACACAGUUGAUUAUGUAUAUAUCGAAAGAUUCUAUUUUAUAUAAAUUUCAAAAGUGAUAGAGCUGCUUUAAUGCAGAUAUCUAUUUUGUUGAUUCAUUUCAUCCAAGUCUAUUUUUGUCUUAAAGGACCACUCAACACGCAAAUAGAAUCCAAUUUUAAUUGCACAUUAGAAAAGUGUAUUUUUAUUUUUUUUUUUUUAAAUGGGAAAUCAGCACAUUUAUAAAUACAUUGUGAAACACCUCCCUGGCUCUCAAACUGCUGGGAAGUUUUUUGUUUUUUUUGUUUUGGUUUUCUCCUUUUUAUGGUAGCUCUCAUGGACUAAUGAAAGUAGCAGGCCUUCUCCCACAUUGCUCUCUACAGACCCAAUCUCACACCAGUGUCCUUUCUCACUGCUUUUGUAGUAUGUGCCUGCACAAUGGACAGUCAGUCUUCCUAAUGAGAAGAAAAAAACCUAAAGUGGGGGUUGUAUCUACUAAAGAUUUUUUUUAAAUUUUAUUUUGCUUUUGCUACUCUUUGGUGUUUUGUGUUCCUUCAAGUGAUUUGCUAUGGCUCUCUGGAGGCUUAGGGGCGAAAGAGCACAUGCAUUUAAUUAUCGCAUCAAUUUGUUAAAAGAAUACUCCAGACACAUUAAGCACUCCAGCUUGCUGAAUUUCUUUGUGUUUAAAGACCAAGACUACACAAGAAAUUCUCCAGGCACUCAAGGUGUUCAAGCCGCAGGCAGUUUUAAUAGAACAACAAAAAGGAGCAGCAACGUUUUGACCUGCUAAGAGGUCUUUGUCAAGCUCUAAGACUAUUGACACUUAAAAACAGAGCAGAUUUUAGAAGAAAUCUGCACUUUUAUAAUUGGGGCAGUUUCACCUCCUUGGCUGUCACUCAGAUAUCCAUGGAGGGUUUCUUCUUUCAUUAGUGGAAGUGGCAGAUGCACUGGAGAGGCUAGAAGCUUGAGCAUGCCUGCUCAUUGAGAAACUUUGGAAAACCAUAGUAAACCACACUCUUGGAUCAAGCACAGAGGGUUCUGUGCCUGGGAUAGAGGGGGGAGGGCUUGCAAAGGCAGGGUGACAGCUUUUUGGAAGUUUUUUUCUUCGCUCAUAUCCCACCAAAAAAACUUGCAGAGAAAUAAAUACAUGCAUGUUUUUGUGGAUAUAUCUACUAAAUAAUAAAAACUAAUGGAAUGUUACUUGAAAUACCACUAUUUUUUAGCACAAACACCAGUUAUGAUUAAAAUCUUUAAGUUAUGGAUAACCUAUUUUAAACAUUCACAGAAAAAUUGCUUCCUUUUAACAUUUUAGGUAUCCAACUAAUAAGUGGGUAAAGCUGGGUACAUUUCACGCAAGAGAUGAAAGAACAGUGCAGAGCUUCCCGCUGGAUGAGCAGAUGUAUGCAAAAUACGUCAAGGUAUUUGUUUUCUAUGUGACCUUGGUAAUUUAACAGAGUAGGCCUGAAAUUUUGUAGACCAAGUUAAAGCCAACAGUGUCAAAACAUCUUGAUUAUAGAUACUUGAAGAUAUGCUUUCAAUAGCUACUGAAUCUGUGACACUGCCAGCCAUUCAUAUACUGCAAAAAAUAUUCUAAAAUUAUUUUACUGGUUUUUAGCUUCUGGAGUGAGUAGCCUCAAAUUGCAGAGUUUAAAUGACCGAAGAUUUCCAUAUUUUAUUAAUCCAUUAACAUUAAUGCAAUCAAAUAAAGAUAUACUUGGACUUUGCAGCUUUUGCUAAGCAGGAGGCCUAUAACCCUGCCUCUUUAGUGUUUUAUUGGACAUGUUUACCACUAGACUGAAUUUUUAUUAUACAGUUAAGAUGCAUGGAACAGCUACCAAAGCUGAUAGCAACUACACUGCAGCUGCUAUUAGGAUUCUGAAAACUCCUAUUGGAUGUGAUCUCUGCAUAGGCUGGUUCACAAGGAGCUGUAAUAGUCUGUCAGAGGAGGCGUAACCUCUUUACAAGUAAUUGGUCAGGAGACUAGUAAGGCUUGCAAAUUUCUGUAGGUCUAAGCAAAAUUGAGAAUACGUUGUUGCACUUGGAGUGUUCCCUCUUAAUAAUCGGUUUAUACUCUGUACAUUAUAAACUGCAUAAAAUAAUCUUAAAUAUUCCAUCAAAUCAGGCUCACAAACCGCAGUGUAAUUUAUAAGUGCUAUGCAUGGCAUCCUCCUAAAAUUUAAAUGUGCUUUUAGAUCGCUACCUCCUUAACGCUCCCAGACCCAAAGCUGCUUCCUUACUGGCAUGUGCUAGGGAAUUAGCCUUGAAUCUCUGCAGCCAUUUUCCUAUGUAAUUAGUUGUUCAUAACAUGCUGUGAACAGGUUUACAAAAAAAAUUAAGAUCUACCAAUAUAUUUUUCUUACCUCAAUGGCUCCCCUUCCACUUGUUUAUGGAAAAUCUGUUUGUGACUCUGGCCAUAAAUUGCUUUCUAUAAUCUUCAUGCUAUAUUAUGUCUAUAAAAACAGUAAUAAACUCUGCGAAUAUGUUGAGAAAUUAUGUUCUGUCUCACACACGCACAUACAUAAGGUUUUUAUAAGCCCAAUAAAUUAGUUGUUUCCCUGUAUUCAUGGUAAACCUUGCCCAAUGUUUGCCAUGUUAAAUUCAUCAAUUCGCCAUCUAAAUAUGCAAUUACUUUAACUUAAAUAGCUGUAUAUUUACAACUGUAUUUGUGAGAUGUAUUUCAUAAACGCCCAGGUUAUCCAUCACUUUUUACUCAUUUUGUUCUGGCUCAGGGCCUCAAUAGGGAAACCAUCUGCAAUGAUUAUUUAUUUUUUUUUUUUCUGCUUUCUUUCUCUCGCUAUAGAAAAUUAAUAAGUCUGAAUUCUAAUCUUGGUAGCACGUUUCUUUUCUAAACUUCUCUAGUUUUUGUUUAAUGCUUCUGCUUAGUUGCUGCUAUACAGAGUUGUAGUUUGUUUUACUUUGCAUUUUGCCAUCAGUAAUGUUUAGCCAUGUUCACCACUCAACGUGCUGUUAGUUACAUUGCCUAUGUAUUUUGUAGCUUUUAGUUUAAUGUGUGCGCACAUGUCUGUGUUCAACCUUCUGCCAUAAACAAUAUUCUGUAGUGUAGUAAACUGAUGCAGACUGUAGUACAAAAUACACACACUAAACAAAAAAUAAAACCAUGUUUGGUAUAUGUAUAACUUGCAUACGUGACUCGGUUUCCUUAACAGUAGAUAUUUGCUAAAUAGUAGCACCAAGCGCUUACUCUCCAGAGAGUCAUAAUGCUAACCAUUGUGUCUUGGUGGAUGCAGAGUGGAACACAAUUUCUGGUGUUACAAGGUAAUUACAUUUCUGUUUAAAAACAGCCACAUGUAGGAGGUGAUUUGCAUAUACAGUUCUGCUUUUUAACUUUUUUGUACCAUGUGGCUGGUUUUGCGGUUUUCAUGUACCUAAUUCCCAAGACAUCUUUGAGGUUCACUUUAUUUUAAAAUGUUGAGGAUGAUCAUUCACUAUAGAACAUAGAAUGGAGAAAUAAAUAGAAAUGUUUUAAUAAUUAAAAUAUUUGAAAUAGUUUUUUUUUUUCUUUUUUAUGAUUAAGCAGUGUAUCUCUUGGCUGGAUUUGACUCCAUUUUUUUUAAUUGCAUCAUAUAGAUAAUGCAUUAAAAAAAAAUAAUUACCUUUGGACUUGUCCUGUUUUGUGCCAUCCAGGGACUAGCGUCUCAGACUCCGGGUUGGUUGACAUUGCAAUUGCAGUAUUUUCAAUGGGAGUCCUGAGCACAUCCAUAAACAUCUACCAAUAGGCUGUCUGUGAUGAUGCUCUGCUUUAGUCAUCAGUUACUUUCUUCCAAAAAGAAGGAACUCAUGUCCAAGCUAAUAACUGCCACAAAGCACCUGCUAUCUGUAGCAAAUAUAAAUGCCAUUGUGGACUUUUUAACCACUAUUUUUAAAAUGCUAGCUCAUAACUUAAUAAAUAUCUCCACAACUAAGAUUUACCCCCUGUUAAGUCAUAUUUUUAGUGGUCUCCGUUCUUAUGCUGGUCACUUAAUCGUUCACUGGGAUUAAUUAAUUUUUCCUUGAUCAGAAAUGCUUGUGUGUCUUACUAAAGAAGACCUGAUAGUUACUUGAUUUGGACCAUGUUCUGCCCUUUUGAGAGUCCUGUAUAAGUGCGUGCAGCCAUGCCUGUCUCAGUUUACAAGUUUAUUUGUAUAGGCACAUUUUUGGGUGACAGAAGAAGCCUGUCCUGGAUUCUGUAAAUACAGAAAAUGGGCAGGUGAAGAGCCUUUAAAUAGAACCCAACAUCUUAACACAGGAGUUGCUUCUAUUAGACUUUUUUUUUUCUUUCUUUUUUUUUUUAACAUUAGCUGCCUUUUUAUAAUCAAGCAAAAUGUUGUCAUUUUAUGCUUUACACAUGCAGCAAUGUUUUUAAUUGAUAACUUGCAAUUGAUUGCCCUUUCAAUGAUAUAUGCAAAUAGAAGAUAUUUAGAAAGGCGUUUCUAUGACUAUCGAUUAAGAGUUUCAGACCUGUAGUCGUCACUGAUAGAUAUGUUCCCUGCUUCAUGUAGACUGGCACUCAACAUUUUUUCUAGUUAUUUCUGAAAGAUGUUUGGUCACUCUAAAAGUGUAGCCUCCUAGAUUAUCUCACAUUUAAGACUGAGAGGAAAGUUCAAAAAGAACUUUGAAGAGUGCACACAACUAACUAAAACUGAGAGAAUUAGAAUUAUUUUUUGUAAAGCGUGCCCAUUCAAAGAUAAAGACUGUUAGCUGGUGCUUUUAGCCCACCACCAGCUGCUUGGCCAAACCAACAUCAUACCACAGUGCAGAGAUGAAAGGAAGCUGGGAGUCAAGUGCCCAUGUGCCAAAAUUAAGAAGGGUCCCAGAUGUUCCUGCUCUCAUAACUUUUAUGAGCUUAAGUUGUUAUGGGGGAAGAAUUCUUCCAUCUUUAUUUCCUUGGACUUGUGAAUUGAAUCCUGAUUUGUUUCACUGUUCAAGCAUUUUUGGUUGUUGGCAUUCCAAAAAUCAUAAGACUAUGCGCUUAUUCUAUACUGCUUCUGGAGGUCAAGGGUUCCUCAAAUGACCCUUAUCAGGAAUUCAAGCACACAAUGCAUCCUUCAAUUUCACAUAUAUUGUUAAUGAAUAUGGAGUGUAAUGCUAAAACAAACUGGCACCAUAUUUAAUACUAGAAUAUCAAAGUGUAAGGGUUUCAUAACCAAGUUCUAAUUCAGAACACUAUUUUCAACCUAUGUGCAUACGUUUGUGUUUUUCCAUGAUGGAUUUCCCCAAAGACAGAACUUAUUGACACUUCAAGCAACACCUAAGACCAGCCUGUUCACAUAAGCCCAAAAAAGAACGUCAACUAAAUUAGAUUUUUUUUUCUAAAGAAAUGUUAAACAAGAGUGCUGCACGGUGUGACAUUGUGUAGCACAGUGGUAGUCCAAGCUCCACUUGCCACACAUGUACUACGAUGAAACCAGACUGUGUGCAGGAUGCAUGCUUGUUACCAGUUUGGAACAUACCUUUUUAGUUUGCUUCAUUUUGUUGUAUGUCCUAUGUGCAGACUGAAGGGGUCUUUCAAAGUUGAUGGCUUUCACUACUUGCAAACUUAAUUCAAAAGAAUCGGUAUCUUUUUAUACAGGGGAAAAAAGCAUUGUAAAGAGGAGCGGUGGUUCUUGGUAGUUCUUAAUUUUUCUUACUGUUAGACAAGUAAUAGUACACUAAAACUAGGUGUCUGAUAUAUACAGUGACACUAAUGGUUUGAAUGCUGGCAAACUGUGGCUAAGACUACCAAUUUGUUUGACUGAAGAAGAUGAAAAAAGUGUUUUAUUUUGUUUUUUGUUUUAAACAUAUAUAUUUUUUUUUUAAAUAUAUGCCAAUUUAUUUUUCACUUAUACGUCCAACUUUUUUCUGCUUUGGUUUCUUAACAUUGUUGCAUGCCUGGAAAGUAAUGAGUCUGUCCUUCUUUUCCAGUCUGCACUAUUAAAGGACCAGGGGUGGAAGGGGUUAAAUUUACCUUUUUUUCCAGCGCCGGGCGGUAGACUCUCCUCCUCCUCCUCCUUGUCGUCGUCAUGCUUUCCUAUGUACGCUGGUGUCUUCUCACUGUGAAAAUCACAGUGAGAUGCACGGAUGCGCCUCUAGCGGCUGUCAAUGAGACAGCCACUAGAGGCUGGAUUAACCCUAUUAUAAACAUAGCAGUUUCUCUGAAACUGCUAUGUUUAUAGAAGAAAGGGUUAAUCCUAGCUGGACCUGGCACCCAGACCACUUCAUUAAGCUGAAGUGGUCUGGGUGCCUAUAGUGGUCCUUUAAGCCAGAAUAAAUAUUAACAAUUUGUGCAGUAAGCGCCACAGCCUUGUAUAGCAAUUGUCAAUUGCGUUGAGAAUUUUGUAGAUCUGAUUGAUAAUCACUGGGAUAGGCUUGGAUUGAUCACUGUUUCAGUGUUUAGCAAAAUUAUCUUUCUAUUCAGUUAGUUUCCAAGAUCUUUGAUUUCAGAGAGUCAGUACAUGCUAAUUAAACCUAUAGGGAUAUAUUUGUUAAAUGGUUUUGUUUGUAUCUAUGUAUUUAGCAUACACUAUACUGAAUAAUUUAAAAGAAUAUGUUCUGCCUAGUAUAACUGAAAUAGUGUUGCUCUAAAAUAAUGUAAUUAGUAGGCCAAAAUAUUGCUAAAUGAUGGACCCAGCAUCUGGAAACAAAUUAAAGUGACACUAUAGUCAACAGAACAAUUACAACUUAUUGUAUUUGUUCUGGUGAGUAUAUUCAUUCCCUUCAGGAUUUUUGCAGUAAACACUGUAUUUUCAGAGAAAAUGCUGUGUUUAAAUUACAGCCUAGGGAUAUCGCCACUGGCCACUCCUAAUAUUGCUACUAGAGGUGUUUGCAGGGGCAGUGCUGCACAGUGUACAUCACUGCCAUUCAGUGUCUCCACUCUCUGCAUGGAGACACUGAACUUUCCUCAUAGAGAUUAGUUGAUUCAAUGGAUCUCUCAGGAGAUGCUGAUUGGCCAGGGCUGUUUUUGGAUUGUGCUGGCUCUGCCCCUGAUCUGCCUCCUUAACAGUCUCAGCCAAUCCUAUGGGAAAGCAUUGUGAUUAGCUCAGAGAAUCACUUCUGAUUAUGUCAGCCAAGCAGGUAGUUAAGGGGAGCCAUCAGCAAUAGAGGUAAGAUUUUACUAUAUUUAGGGGGACCAAAGGGCUAGAUGGUCAUUUUAACACUAUAGAAUUGGUAUACAUGCUUGGGUUCCUGACCUUAUAGUUUUCUUUUAAAUGUUUCCAAUUGUUGAACAAAUGCAGUAAUGAUGCAAAAUUGAUUAUUUUUUUUAUAUAGGAGCUUGUGCCGCGGGCUUACCCGCUCACAUGGUAGGGGAAGACAUGAUAAACUGCUACAUACGUUAAUGCAACAGUCUGGCUUCCUAGAUGUCUGGAGAGCUCACCAUCCUGAUUACUCCUUUUACUCAGCACCACAUGAUACUUACUCAAGGAUUGAUUUUUUUUUUUUUUUUUUGGUAAACUCCCUUGUUUUGUCCUGAGUGUCAGGGUCUGCAGUAGGUGAUGUCUGCACGCUGACAUCACUUUGAUGCUGGAUAAACUGUGUGUAGCAGCCCCUUGGUCUUGGAAAUUGAAUAACUCCUUACUUAGGGACCCAGAGAUAGUCACCACCAUACGUCAUGAGAUAAACAAGUAAUUCUCUAGGAACACUGUGCACGAUCCUUCACCUGCGACGGCCUGGGCAGCUCAUAAAGUGGUUAUCAGUUGAUCCGCGAGACAAAGGAAAACGCACAUCAUGAAAAUCAAGGAUUCUUCGGGGGGCCUACCACACGACCCAGUUAAUAUAGCAAGGGUAUUUCCGCAUUAUGUGAAAUUGUAUAACCACACUAGCCCUGACUCUGUUAAUGUGCGGAUGGAAGCUGAUACUAUCAGGGAUUUCCUAAGCCAGCUAGAUCUCCCAAAGUUGGUGGGGACAGAUUCCGCUACUCUGCGGAAACGGUUCUCUCCUGAAGAAAUUAAUUUAGCCAUCUCUUCCCUAAAAGGUAAUAAAGCUACUGGCCCCGAUGGCUUCAAUGGGAGCUAUUAUAAAAUGUUUUGUGAGGAAUUGUCGCCCCAUUUGGAGUCCUGGUUUAACAUCUUUAUGGAAGGGGGACAUGUCCCUGGCGGAUAUAGUCUUAUUGUCAAAACCAGGCAAGGAUAACUCAGAAAUAGGUCAAAAGUUUGCAGGUUCACUUAUAAACCAUGACUUCAAACUCCUAGCAAAGAUUCUCGCAAAUAGAUUAAAUCCCAUGCUACUGCGCGUGAUCCACGCGUAUCAGGUAGGAUUAGUUCCAGGCAGACAAUUAUUUAAAAACACCAGACGUAAUGUGGAUAUCAUAUGGAGGCAGGUUAACACUAAAAUGCCAUCGCUGGUCCGGUCACUCGGUUCCGAGAAGACGUUUGACAGGGUCAAAUGGUCAUAUUUGUUUGAAUUGUUGGCACAUAUCGGCAUCCCCACUCCAUAUAUAACUGCAAUUCGAGCCAUGUGCACCAAUGUUAGGGCACAGAUCCGAAUAUCAGGAGCACAAUUCCAGAUAGGGAAAAUCCUGGGCUAAAACAAGCAGUUUAAUAAAGCUACCACUAGUUUAAGCAAUUUAAUGGAUGACCCUAUACUCCCAUUAUGAGUUGGUGGGGAAGCCUUAUAAGGUGUAGGUGUAGGGGUGUGUGUGUGUGUGUUUUUGUUUUUGUUUUUGUUUUUUUCCAUUUGUUUUUGGUCCAGCUAAACUGAAGUUAUUUAAACAAGAUACUUGCCUACUAUCCAGCUUUCACUCACCCACUUUGUUGUGGUUUGAGUGACUACAAAUUAUUUUGUUUCCUUUUAUUCAUAAUGUAUAGGGUUGAGCCCUGCAGACAUAGCUGGAGUGUCUUUACUGGUACACAGAUCCUAAGCGGUGUUCCCUUAGAUAUCUGAUUAUUUGUUUGGACUGCCCUAAAACCAUCAGAUUUUUUCCGAUAUAUACAACUCUAGGGUUACGCUCAGGAUGCUCAGGUUAAAAAGACAGCUAUAAAGCAACUAACUUUUUUCGAAACAAUGUGUAUUAGAGAACCGUUCCCAAGAGGCUUGAUUAGUGCUUUAUAUGCCCACCUUAGCACCAAUACUUCAGAAUGGGGGAAGCUAACAUAGGUUGACCAGUGGAAAGUUGAUUUAUGUGAAACGUUAGUGGCAGGAAAUUUGGGAAGCAAAUGCAUCUUUAUCCAUAUGCAUCACUUUGCAGGAACAGUCGUAGAAGACAGUGUUCAGAUGGUACACCACCCCUGUUAAAUUUAUGCAGAAUGCAUAAAAUCCCCACAGAUUUGUGUUGGAGAGGGUGCGGACAGAAGGGGAUUUAUAUCCACAUGUGGUGGGAAUGUCCAGGAGAGCCACAGUAUUGGAUACAAAUGACAGAUUUGCUGAAGGAUGGUUGAGAUGUUCAGUUAGACCCUUGGGUGUUUCUGUUGGCUAGACUCUUAGAUGAAUGGACGAAAUUGGAUCAAAAACUUUUACACAAAUUAAAUUUAGCUGCCAGAAGGGCAUUGGCACAAGUUUGGUUUCAGAGGGAGACGCCUUCAGUUGAAGCAGUAGUCCAAAAAAAUAUCAAGGAUACUUGUCUCAUGGAUAAGCUGACUGCCCAGGUGACGGGCACUAUGAAGACAUUCGAGAAGGUAUGGGGCCCUUGGAUGGCCAGCAAUAUUGGCGGGGUGGGCUCAGUGUCCCACCUCAACCACUCUUCCACUCCUCACGCCUCAAAGUCGCUGGAGGGGGACUUUAAGGACGCUUCCGAGGGAUGUUCCCCUACCUCGAACUCUUGCCGGAGAGGUCGCCUUUGGGCUCUUGCUCUGAAGGCGCCCAAAAAGCGGUUCUGAAAUAUGUUCACUCGCUAAACUAUUAUUUGUAGAGGACUGACAAGGGAAUAGAACAUUUCAGAAAAAAGGGUUUGCAAUUGCACAUUAAGUAAAUGAAUGUGGAGUGAAUAUGAUGUAUAACACCAUACAACCCUCUCACUCCAUUUUGGAAGAGAAUUAAUGUACAUGGAAGUUGUAUGCAUUUGUAGUAAAAACAAUAAACUUAGACUUAUCAUUUGACUGGAUGCCAUCUGGUAUAAUAUGUUAACCUAUCUGUUCUGAGGUCUUGAUAUUGACAAUGGCUAAACGGAAUUAAACCCUUUCUAGAGGUCCGUAAACUGCACAAUGUAUGUUUUGCACUUGAGUUCUACUUCAGUAAUGCUUCCCCUUCCUGGUGUUACUAAACCAAUGCAAUAAUAAAUCCUGAUUCAGCUGGCUGAGUUACUGUUGGCAAAAUACUUCUUAAAGCAUGUGGAAAUAAGAGUAAAAUGCUACAACUUUAUAUACUUAAAGAAAAAAGCAAAAAAAAAAAACAGGCAAACCAGAUCAAGAUGAUUGUAGAGCUUCCCGUGAUGUUUUUCUGGCCUUGAGCAUAGCAAAGCAUUUAGGAGUUGUAGUUCUUCAACAUCUUUUGAUCAUUCUUGCUUUUACUCCUAAUGAGCCUUUUUAAAUGCUGAUUCUUUAGAUGAUAUGGCUUGUCGCAUGUGUCUUAUUUCUGUACUGACACUUUUUUCUUUUUUCUUUCCUUGUUCCUUUUUUUGCUUCAGAUGUUCAUCAAGUACAUAAAGGUUAGCAAACCUCUCUGAAUGUUUCAUGUGCAGCUAAUUAAUGCAUGGCAAGAAAAGCUGUGAGAUUUAGUAUAUGGGCAAAUCUGUACUGGCUUGUAGGUGCAAUUAAUUGAAAAUCACUGCAAAGCUGCAUGCAAGCUUUCUGUUUCAGCCUGUCUUCUCUUCCUCAGGUGGAGCUUAUUUCACAUUUUGGAUCGGAACACUUCUGCCCGUUGAGCCUCAUAAGGUAAUAAGGAAGUCCUCUCUAUGAUCAUAAACCAUUUUUUGUUACAACUGUGUAUUGGGUUUAAGGUGACCCAUCAUUAUCCUCCAUCUGUUUGGAUUACAAUUCUUGUAAAAAACACCUGGGGUCCCUGGCAUGAUGGCUCAUAAAAAGAAAAAAAUUAAAUCAAUAAAUCUGUGGCAUUUGUUUCCAUGGUGAUUGCUACACUUUUAAAACAUUCACCCACAUUGCUUAUUAUAAUUUCUGAUGGUCCCCCUAUGGCACACUGCCUAGCAUUUCAGUAAUUUUGGACACACAUCUCAACAUCAUUAAAGAUGAUCUCUCAGACAUGAUGUGGCAUUCUCGAUUAGUUUUAAAUGAGGGCCAAUGUAUAGAUUUGCAGUUAUAGCAAAGUAUUUACUCAUUCAGUUCUAUGCAGGCUGUGAAGCGUAGAAUCAAAAAUGUUAUGUUUAUACUUGCAUCUCACCUAUCAUUCUUUCUAAACUGUCUGAAAAUAAAGCAUUAUAUAAAUAAAAACUUUUAGAUGGAGCAACUAGUUUCAUGGAUGACCAAUUUAUGGUGGCUUUUCCAGCUCAUUUACUCUGUAAAAAUGCAUUUACAUACGUAUAGGAAAUAUCCUUUGUCAAAUGAUUUUGUGCACACUUUCUAUUACAGACACAAAAAUGCUCCUUAUUUACUAUUAAAUAGAUAUUUCAGUGACUCCUACUAGCAUGUAUUUUGAUAUCAGCUUUUUUCCCCUUCUAAUUUUACUAACUACUUCUGCCUUUUUGACUUACAUUUGUAUAUUAAGUGAAGCAGUAAUGAAAGUACAGCUAUAGAUUUGGCUUUGUGCCUUUACAUUUAACAAAGUUUGAGUACACACUAUCGGCACUGAUCCCAGGGAGAUGGCUAUUACAAGAAAGUUUGGAACCGUUGGUUUAUUCUUGGCUAUUUGGAUCUUACAGAUCCUGUACAUUCUAUGACGUUUGUAAAUUAAGCUAGUUCAAUUUGUAAAUGACAGAUUCAGUUUAAAGGGACACUAUAGUCACCAGAACAACUACUGCUUAAUGUAGUUGUUCUGGUGAGUAUAAUCAUUAUAUGCAGGCAUUUUCAUGAAAAGGCAGUGUUUACAUUUCCCCUAGAGACACUUCCAAGUGGCCACCCCUCAGAUGGCCACUGAAGGUGCUUCCUGGCUCAGUGCCAAUUUUAGUCAAUCUUUUUAAAAGGAUUGGCUACAAAUCUGCUAUUUUGAUGUCACCAAGGGGGCGAGGUCAGCGCCGGCAGACCUGCACAGCACUGGAAAUCAGGUGACUUUUAAUUCCUUUUAAGGGGGCUAAGGAGGGGGGGGGCGGGAUACAUGUUUGUGUUCCUGACCCUAUAGUGUUCCUUUAAGGCACAGUAAAAAAUGUGUUAUCGUUUUGCUAUGAAAUGCUGCUCAGAUCCUUUGCUGCCGGAGGUGUAGCUCCUUGUCUGCAGUGUUAUUGGUGUGUCAUUAGCCAGCCAAGAACAAGAGUUCCUUGCUGGCUUAUGUCAAUUCUGUGCAUAUUUUUAUGCAUGAAGUUGUAUUUAAUUGUUGAGCAGUCAGCUGAUUGGCAUCCAGCCUUUGCAACACUGGAUGUUAUCAAAACCAGGAGUGGAGGGCCAACCUGCAGGACCCAGGUAAGGGGGCAAUCCAUUUCAAAAUGGUUUUCCAUGUUACAGGGAAACGGGUUCGGGGUACUCCUGGCAUAAUAACCACUAAAGGGGCUGUAAUGGUUGUGUGGCUUGGAGUCACAUUUAUAUAUUACUUUAAAAACAGCCUGCUUAUCAGAAAAAUCUAAGUUAAACUGUUCUAUUGUUUAUUCUGUUCAUACUUUACUCGCGUUUUGUUAAAUGUGUUUUAAGCCUUACAGGAAUAUUUACUAAAGUGAGAUUUGGUAGGAAUUCAAAGUUGAUUUCAAGUUUAAGGCUAGAGCAGUUGAACUGAAAUAAUUUUGCCUAAAUUAUGAAAAUCUCCUUUAAUUCACUUUGAAUUCCUUGCAAUUCUCAUGUUAAUAAAUAACCUUAUUCGAGUUUGCGAGCUUGUUUUAUUCACUUUAUAAAAUCAGUCUUCAUCUCUGGAACUGGAUUGCACCAGAUGUUUUGCGAUUUAUUCAGGUCAUGUAAAUAUGUAUGAAUGAGGAAACUGAAAAACAACCUUUGAAUUGCAUUGCUUAGUUUUUGCAAUAUACUUUAUUUGCUGAAAGGUUUUUUUCCUCAUAUUCUAAAUACUUCUGAGAAAAAUACAGUUUAACUUGCUGAUCAUCUAUUCACCUUAGAUGGUUGUGUUUAGUUGUCCAACCUGUACAGAUAAUGUCUUGAAAAAUAGGCUUUAUUUGUGUAUAUAGAGUUCAGAUAAACAGAAGAGGGAGGAAAGGCCCUACUUAAAGGAACAGGAACACAAACAUGUAUUCCUGACCCUAUAGUGCUAAACCCACCAUUUAGCUGGCUUGUCCCCCUCCCACUUAUCCCCCUUAAAUGCAAUUAAAACUCGCCUUAUUUCCAGCGCUGCGCGGGUCUGCCGGCACUGGCCCCACCUCCUUGGUGACAUCAGAAUUGCAGGGUUUUUAGCCAAUCCAAUGCUUUCCCCAUGGGCAUUUUUGGAUAAAAUCGGCAAGGGGGCAGGGCCAGACAAUCAGCACCUCCUCAUAGAGAUGCAUUGAAUCAUGAGGAAAAUUCAGCGUCCCCAUGCAGUGUGUGGAGACUCUGAAUGGCAGUGUUGCCUACUGUGCAGCACUACCCCAGGAUGCACCUCCAGUGGCCAUCUGAGGAGUGGCUAUUUGGAUGUGUCACUAGGGGCAAUGUAAACACUGCCCUUUCUCUGAAACACGUUUAAGCUGACCAUUGAAUUUAGUAUUCUAGAAUGAAAUCCCUUUAAACAAAUUACUUAUCUUGAAGUGACAAAAGUCUAAUUGGGGAACAAAUGCUAUUUUUUUUUCUCCACUUCUUGGUGGUUAUCCUUCAGUUAAAAUAGUUUACAUUGGAGCGUCUGCAACCUUUAUAUGUUAGAACUUAAACCGCCAAUUUUAAGCACGCUGCUUGAUUCAGUUUUCACACUGAUUGGUUUCAGCCAAUGGAGCUCUGGAGAACUAAUGGAAGUUCCUACUGAGGAACUUAAUGCUCUCAGGAAAUUGCAGUGAUGGCUGGGAGCGGCACCCAGUGGACCCCAGAAUAAAAAAAAAAAAUGUACAGUUUAAAAAUGGUUUUAUUCCUGCCAUUUUAUAUUUGAAACAUUCUAUAUUUUAAAUUUUGUGUUGUAUUCUCAUUAUUGUAUUUUGUUUAAACUGAAAUGCAGUUUAAUUAUAAAUUAUAACGCUCUUUUAAUGGCCAAUUUUUAAAAUACUAUAUAUAUUGAUGGUCAAACGUGUGAGAUCACCCAGAAGUAUCCUUAUUUCCAUGAAAUGAGUUUGAAUAGGAAGAUCUAGUGCUUGAAAGGUUACAAAUAAUUUUUUAUGUAAUAUUGGUGUCCUUCAAACCUUGCUUUUGUCAAAGAAUCCUCCAUGUGCAGCAAUUACAGCUUUGUAGACCUUUGACUUUCUAGAUGCCAAUUUGGUGAGGUAAUUUGAAGAGCUUUCACCCCAUGCUUCCUGAAGCACCUCCCACAAGUUGGAUUGACUUGAUGGGUACUUCUCCCGUACCAUAUGGUCAAGCUGCUCACACAAUAGUUUGAGGUUUGAGAUGUGGUAACUGUGCUGGCCACUAGAUUAAAGACAAAAUGGCAACUAACUGCCUUCUUCCUAAAUCGUUCUUGCAUAGUGUGAACUUAUGCUUUGGGUCGUUGUCCUGUUGUAGGAGUAAAUUGGCUCCAAUUAAGCUCUAUCCACAAGGUAUGUCAUGGUGUUGCUACGUGAAGUGACAGCAUUAUUUCUUCAAAGUCCCUCUUACUCUGUAAUAAUCUCUCACAUUGCCACCAGCAAUGUACAUCCAGACCAUCACAUUGCCACCAGCAUCUUUUCAUUCGGUCUGUGUCUUACGAAUGUUCUUUGUGAUCCAAACACAUCAAACUUAGAUUUGUCUGUCAAGAUCACUUUCCCCCAGUCUUCCUCUGUCCAGAGUCUGUGUUCUUUGUCCAUCUCAACAUUUUCCUUUUAUUGUCAUGUUGAAGAUAUGGCCAAUUUUGUUUGUUUUCCCCGCAACUCUGCCUAGAAGGCAAGAAUCUAGGAGUUUCCUUUUAACUGUUUACGUUAAGACUGGUGUUUUUCGGUCACUUUUUAUGAAGCUGCCAGUUGAGGAACUGUGAGACCUCUUUUUAUCAAACUAGAAAUGAUAAUGUAUUUGUCCUUUUGCUGACUUGUGCAAAUUCUUACGUACCAGGGCCUCCCACUCCUUUCUGUUCUGGUUAGAGCCAGCUUGCACUAUUUAUUGAAGGGAGUUUUACAAAGCAUUGUAUGAGAUCUUUAGUUUGUUGGCAUUUUCUUGCAUGAAAUAGCCUUCAUUUCUUACAACAAGAAUAGACUGAGUUUCAGAAGAAAGUUUCUGGCCAUCUUGAUCUUGUAAUCAAACCCACAAUUGCUGAUGCCCUUUUAUUAUACACCCUGUUCCAAAUUAUAGCUUUCUCAUUUACCUAAAUAAUUGAUGUAAAUAACAGCAUAAUUCUCAUGUUAUCAAUUAUUGAGAGUACAAUUCAACUUUUAUUGAACAAACCUAAUGAUAACAGUAUUUUUUUAAACAUAAACUUACAAUGCACUGUUCCAAAUUAUUAUGCACAGUAAGUUUCAAAACACUUUAUAGGUUGUAAAGAACUGAAAAUUGUCAUUUGUUGUUUGCAGCAUAUUUACUGAAAUCAAAAGCUAUUUCAAUCAAACUUAUAACAACAUUUUAACUUUUUAAACAUUUUAACAGGUCACAUUACAUUUUAACAUAGGACCCCUUAUUUUAUAGCCGCUUCACAAGUCUUGCAUCCAUUGAACUUGUGAGUUUUUGGACAGUUUCUGCUCGAAUUUGUUUGCAAGAUGUCAGAAUAGCCUCCCAGAGCUGCUGUUUGGAUGUAAACUGCCUCCCACCCUCAUAGAUCUUUUGCUUGAGGAUGCUCCAAAGGUUCUCAAUAGGAUUGAGGUCAGGGGAGGAUGGGGGCCACACCAUGACUUUCUCUCCUUUUAUCCCCAUAGCAGCUAUUGAUGCAGAGGUAUUCUUUGCAGCAUGAGAUGGUGCAUUGUCAUGCAUGAAUUUGUUACGGAAAGCAUAGUUCUUCCUUCUGUACCAGGGAAGAAAGUGGUCAGUCAGAAACUCCACAUACUUUGCAGAGGUAAUCUUUACACCUUCGGGGACCUUAAAGGGGCCGACCGGCUCUCUUCCCAUGAUUCCGGCCCAAAACAUGACUCCACCACCGCCUUGCUGAUGUCGCAGCCUUGUUGGAACCAGCCAUGUUGGAACCAGCCAUCCACUACUCCAUCCAUCUGGACCAUCCAGGGUUGCACGGCACUCAUCAGUGAACAGGACUGUUUGAAAAUUAGUCUUCAUGUGUUUUUUUUUUCCCUAAUGCAGCCAUUUCUGCUUGUGAACAUUGGUUAGUUGUGGCUGAACAGAAGGUUUAUGCACAGUUGCAAGACUCUGGAGGACUCUACAUCUUGAUGUCCGUGGGACUCCAGAGGCACCAGCAGCUUCAAAUAUCUGUUUGCUGCUAUGUAAUGGUAUUUUAGCAGCUGCUCUCUUGAUCCGAUGUAUUGAUCUGGCAGAAAUCUUCCUCAAUGUGUCUUUAUCUGCACGAACCCGUCUGUGCUCUGAAUUAGCCACAAAUCUCUUAAUAGUGCGAUGAUCACGCUUAAGUUUUCGUGAAAUAUCCAAUGUUUUCAUACCUUGUCCAAGGCAUUGAACUAUUUCACUCUUUUCGGCAGCAGAGAGAUCCUUUUUCUUCCCCCUAUUGCAUGAAAAUGGUGCUCUGCUUAAUAAUGUGGUACACCCUCUUUAGUAGUUUUUCCUUAAAUUGGGCUCACCUGGCAAUCUAAUUAUCACAGGUGUCCGAGAUUGUUUUCAGUGAUCAAGAGCCCUGAGACACUUGCCAUCCAUGAGUUAAACUGAAAAACAAAAUAUUGAAUCUUUGUGACACUUAAAUAGAAUUUGCAUAAUAAUUUGUAACGGGGUGUAAAUUAUAAACUCGGAUUAGCAAACAAACUUGCCAUUGGAGCACAGAACAGAUGGUGUCUGAUAAUAGGCCUCUGUACACCUAUGUGUGUAUUCCAUUAAAAAUCCAUUGUUUCCAGCUUUAGUAAUUUUCAAUAUUAACAAUGUUUACACUGUAUUUCUGAUUAGCUUGAUGUUAUUUUAAUGAACAGAAAAUCUGCUUUUCUUUCCAAAAAAGAUUCUUUUCAAAACCUUUCUACACUCUUGUACAUUAAAAAUAAUUUUUUAUCCUUCAAUUUUUCUUCUAGGGUUUUUGGUACCAGCAUGGUGGAAGAGUAUGAAGAAAUAGUUGACUCACAGUACCAAUCUGAGCGGCCUGACCUUUACGAUGAGGAUGAAGGUAGCCUAUUUUGUUACUUGUGCUUUUCAGUGCAGUAAAAUUAUCUUGGAUUUAUUUAGUAACAGUUAAAGGUACACUCCAGACCUCUAAAGCACUUUACCUUGCCAAAAAUCUUUGUCUGAAAAGUGUUAUAGUUUUUUAAAAUGCAUUUAUUAUCUAUUUUGCAGAUUUUAAUAGAAAUUUAAAAUUUUAUAAGUAAAUUUUGUUAUACCUCCUGGCUUUCAUGCAGACAAGUCCUUUUACUUAAAGGGACAUUAUAGUCACCAGAACUACAGCUUAUUGUAGUUUUUCUGGGGAGUAUAGUCAGUCACUGCAGGCUUUUUUGCAGUAAACUGUCUUUUCAGAGAAAAGGCAGUGUUUAUUUUACAGCCUUGGGACAUCUCCAGUGGCCACUCCUCAUAUGACUACGAGAAGUGCUUCCUGGGACGCAGCACUGCUGUUCAGCCUCUCUCUGCUCUUCAUGGAGAUGCUGAACUUUCCUCGUAUAGAUGCACAGAUUCAGUGAAUCUCUAUGAGAAGAUGCUGAUUGGCCAGGAUGGUGUUUGGCCCCGUGAUGACACGCUUACUUUGUGAUCUCAGCCAAUCCAGUGCUUUCCCUGCAGCUCCAUGGGGAGCUUGGAAAUGAGAAACAGUUUAACACUUUCUAAGGAGAGGUGGGGGUUGUAACACUAUAGCGUCAGGAAUACAUGUUUAUGUUCCUUUAAGAGGCAGGUAAUUGCUCACAGCAUCUGCCUUGCAAAGAUUUCACAUUGAGCUGCGUGUGAAGCCUGUGAUUGCACAUCUUCAGAGUUAGAAGAGGAAGGUUUGACCAUUCACACAAGCGAACUGCAGCUUUUGCAAGCUGUUUUAGAUAUACUCUAAUGAAAAAAAUGCAUUAUUAAAUAAAGGCACUUUAUUUGGGGUAUAUCUAUUUAAUAAUUUUAUUUUCUAUUUAUAUUUGGGCACUGGAGUGUCCCUUUAAGCUGAAAACUUGAAUUGGAAAAUUUAGACUUAAAGGGACACUAUAGUAACCAAAAUCACUACAGCGUCAUGUAGUGGUUCUGGUGUCUAUAGCAUGUGCCUGCAGUGUUGGCACUGUAAGCACUGCCUUUUCAGAGAAAAGGGCAGUGUUUACAUUGCUGGUUAGUAACACCUGCAGUGGCAGUCACUUAAAUGGUCACUAGAGGUGCGUCCUAGUCCAGUGCAGCACAGUUUUCAGUACUGGCUUUCAGUGUCUCCACACUUCGCAUGGAGACAUUGAACGUUCCCCUAAUUCAAUGCAUCUCUAUGAGGAGCUGCAGAUUGGCACAUUAUUAGCCUGCUAUGGGAAAGCAUUGGAUUGGCUGUUAUCAUAAAGAUCGAUGAUCUCAGCCAUGCCAUGUAGGCGGUAUGAGACCUCCAUUGUAUGACCGGAAAGUUGAGUGAAAUCAUCUUUACUGCAAAGAGGGGUGACCGGUAACCUAAACAGCCACUUCAGGACAACUGUGUCAGGAAUACAUAGUUGUGUUACUGACACAGAGUUUCUUUAAAUAGCAGAUCUGGAUUUAUUUAUUUUGUCUUGCCUAAAAUUACCUUUAUUUUUGAUUUUGGCUUUGCCUUUGUUUAUAGUCUGUUUAUAGUCUGGUAAAUUAAUUGAAAUAGAUAUGUAUACAUAUUCGAAGGGGGUGUAGUGUUCUGCUUGGUUUUUGCUUGUUUUAUCUUUAUUCACAAAAUUUCUUAAAGGACCACUCUAGGCACCCAGACCACUUCAGCUUAAUGAAGUGGUCUGGGUGCCAGGUCCUUCUAGGGUUAACCCAUUUUUUCAUAAUUAUAGCAGUUUCAGAGAAACUGCUAUAAUUAUGAAUGGGUUAAGCCUUCCCCCUAAUCCUCUAGUGGCUGUCUCAUUGACGGCCACUAGAGGCGCUUGCGUGCUUCUCACUGUGAAAAUCACAGUGAGAGCACGCCAGCGUCCAUAGGAAAGCAUUAUAAAUGCUUUCCUAUGAGACCGGCUGAAUGCGCGCGCAGCUCUUGCCGCGCGUGCGCCUUCAGCCGGCGGGGCGUAACGGAGGCGGAGAGGAGGAGGAGAGCUCUCCGCCCAGCGCUGGAAAAAGGUAAGUUGGGGGCACCCUCAGGGCACUAUAGUGCCAGGAAAACGAGUAUGUUUUCCUGGCACUAUAGUGGUCCUUUAAUUCACAUACCACUAAACAAACAUGACAAAUGGUGUGUUUUUUUCACCUUCCUAAAGGUUUUAACCCCUUAAGGACCAAACUUCUGGAAUAAAAGGAAAUCAUGACAUGUCACGCAUGUCAUGUGUCCUUAAGGGGUUAAAGGGAUUCUACCCAGACAAGUUCAUCUCAUUGACGUGGUCUGGAUGUCUUGUGCCCCUUGGUUUUAACCCUUGAAAACAAUCUGCAGGAAUGGCAGUUUUCUUUCCAGGGUUAACCUGCCCUAGUGGUGCACUCCUCAUUGCAUUCCUAUGAGAAGGCACUGGUUUGCCGAAAUAAUCGAUCGCUAUGAACUCAGCCAAUGACACGGGACAGCUGUUGACAAAGCAACAUGACUUGGGUUGCAAGGUAAGGUAACUCGAGGAGUAAACGUUUAAAUCUCACGGCAGGCGGAACAGGGCUCUAAUUGGUGACUAGGGCACUAUACGUGUAGGAAUACACAUUUGUAUUCCUUACGCUACAGUGUUCCUUUCACAAACUAUUCUCCCACCACUUGUCAAAUUAUUUAGAUUUAAUAGAAUGUUUGUAAUUCUUCCAGCAUCAUCUGUCAUCCUCAUGAGCUCUCACUUUUCUGAAUGAAAUCAAAAUCUUAUUUUUUUUUUUUUUUUUUUAAUUUGUAGAUUACCCAAUUGAUUUCAAUAGAGAUGAUAAAGCAUCUAAAAAUCUGCUUGGAUCUGCGACAAGUAAGUGUGAAGGAGUUACCUAAAGAGCAAUUGUAGCACGAGCAUAAGGAAAUAAACCUCUCACAGACCUAUAGCUAUACUUUUUAGUUUUUUUUGUUAGAAGUUUUAAAAUGCGCCUGUUCUGCAACAAAAUACACAACAUGACUGGGGAGCAUUUUAAAGAACAUAACAUCUCUACAUGCUAAAAGAUGUAUGGACUAUAUAGCAUUUCAGUUUUAAGAUUAUAUGCAUUACUGCAUCUUUUCUGGGUGGUUUAAUGAAGCCAUUUCUGUGCUCUCCCGUAAUGCCUAGCUUGAAGUCCAAGAAAACAAUGUGCAUUGUAUUAUUUGAAAUACCUUUGUUAUAGGACGUGGGCAAAUGCAAAUAAAUUCACUGCACACUUUUUGAGUCCAAGUCAGAGUGUGCAUUUGAUUACUUGCCAUCGUCGUCAUAAAUGUUGUCCACAGAUUUGGUUGAAUUGAAAAUAAGAUUAAUAGUCAUUUAAACAAUAAUACACUAUCUCCCUUUGCCUUUGUGAUUCUUGCUGCUGUUCUUUGCUACGUUGGAUCUUGCGUUGUUGCUCUGAGCUAAGCUGCUGAAUGUCAUCUGUUGUGUUAAAUGGCUCCGUUUAUUAUUGCUCAUUGACUGGACUUCUUUCUGCCUUCAUGUCCAUCUUUCCCUUCAAAAUGAGUUUACAUAGACUAUCACAAGCAACUAGUAUUUCAUAUAAAUGCUUUUGUUUCAAUAAAUAAAAUCUUUUAAAAUUUAAAAAGGACAUUUUUUAAUUUGUUACAAAGGCAAAUAAUUAACAAUAUGGAUACAAUUGCAUCUCAAAGUUUUUUUAGUUUUUUUAUGAAGCUUUUUAUUUUAGUCACAAAUAUUUCGGGUUAUCUUCUCAUGAAUAGUUUAGGCUCAAAUUAUACUGUACACUGAUUUUAUGCGUUUUGCAAUUCUGCAGCAGUGCUCACAAUUCUGAAUUUAAAGUACAAUAGUGCAUUUUAACCUAUUGUAUAAAUGUGUAUGACCAGUGUUUUUGUGUUUUUUUUUUUUUUGUUGUUUUUUUUUUAGCUCCCUACAGUGGUGGAAUAGGAAAUUAUUAAUUAAAAUAAAAUAUAUAUAUAUGAAAUUUUAAUAGUCUUAAACCAGUGUUGUCGAUGGCAAUGCAUGUAUGCUAGAAGAAAAUAACUUGUUCACGUUUGUGCUAAUCAGACCAAUUUUAUUUACUGCACUUAACUGCUUUUUCCAAAUAAAAAAAACCAAAUACUAAAAUAAAAAUCUAUUGUCUGCACGUUCGUAACUUGAACGUUACAAGUCAGUGCAAAUGAGAGUGCUUUUCAAUGUUAAAUAAGUUACUAGAUGGCUUCUUUUCCAGCAAUUUGUGGCAGGAUCAUGGAAAUGACUGCAGAUAAAAUAAUGUGUGCUUGUGUUCCCCUGCAUUCUCUUCAGAUGCCAUUCUUAGCAUGGUGAAUAAUCUUGCUGCUAAUAUGCUGGGUGCGAAUACUGAGGAAGGAAUCACUGAAGGGAAAGGUAGCACCUUUAUAAUAUUUUAUAAUUAAAUUCUAGUACCCUGAGAAUAGGAAUGAAGAAAGAAAGCCUUGUUUUACUUGGAAGGGGAUAUGUAUUCAUUUUAGACUAAUAGGGUUAUUCACUGAAGUGAGAAUUCAAGGUGAAUUUCCAAUUUAAGGCCAAAAUAGCAAAACUGGGAGAAUUUGUCCAGUUUGGCACUUUUGUCCUUAAAUUUGAACUUUACUUUGAAUUCACUUUGAAUUCUCACUUUAGUGAAUAACCCUGUAUGUUUCUAUAGUUGAUUUGUGUAGGGCAUAAAAUUAAACGGUUAUGUUCUUUCCCACCUUCAAAUCAAAGGUAAAACAGAAGGUAUUUUUUUAUUUUUUAUUAUUCUUAAUAGCUUAUUGGCAGAGAAGCUUGUGUGCUGCACUGCUUUUAAAAUGCUUGAUCCAUAUAAUUUAUAAAUGUACAAUAGUUUGGCAUCAAUAAAUUCUAUUAAAUUUCUCAGGACAGCCAGCUGAAAAGCCACUAUUCUAGAUUUGAUAUUCCCUUCAGAAGUGCCGGCCAGGGAGCUUCAGGUACAAACACAGCACAUGCGCUAUGGUUGCAAUGGGAGGAGAGCAGAAGGACAUACCGUGGGAAGUCAGUCAAUGCCUCAACAUGUCUCCGCAUUGACUGAAAGAUGGGAGAAAAUGUAUUUAUUUAUUUGUUAAAGGUUUUUCUCCUAAUCUAUACAUUUCCUAGAAAAACUGCUCAAUCUAACGAGAAUAGGUUGUUGGGGGCAUAACAGGUGCCCUUUAAGAGUUUUCUUUUUCUUUCUUCGUUAUUCUUAUUCAGCGCGUAUCGUAUUAUUGGAUAUCCAAAUCCACCUUAUUCUUUCAGGUUUUUCCAUAUAUCUUUAAAACUUAUGUUUAUCAAAUUAAGUUUCUUUAAAAAAAAUGAGUAUCUAAAAACUACUCUAUUUUCCCUCUCUUAGUACCCUAGAGGAGGAAUCUGACUCGCAGUCCCAUGUAGGUGGUUAUAUAAUAACCAACUACAGUUAAUAAAAUACAAUCAUUGCAUGUGCUAUUUCCUGUUUAUCUACUAAUGAUCAAAAGCAAUAAAAAAGUCAAUGACUCUUCCUUGCCCCACCAUCUAGUGAUGCCAAGUACUUUGCAAGAUGAAAAAAGUAUCUUUUUCUAGAUUCCAGCAUAAUAUUGGGAUCUAGUUAGCGGAUUAUGAUGUCUUCUAAUUCUAUAAAGGUUUUAUUUAUAAUCUCCUAAACUGGUGACAUCUAUUUUUUUUUUUCUUCUUCUCAAAAUAAUGUUCAGCAGAAACUUUUUAAAAAUAUUUUUUAAACCUUUCUAUUUUGCCAAAUGUUUAAUUAGCCAUGCAAAGUUAUAAUAAUUGCAAGCAGCAGAUGCUAUGAUUCUGAUCUGUGCUCGGUUACUUUUAAGCCUUUAUUCAGAGUUGCCGAUUGAAAAUGUCCACAGCAGGGCUGUAUUGCUGUCAUUCCAUGUCUGUAAGCCUACCCAGUGAAAGGCACUGUGUGGUCAUUCUAAUUAUGUUCCCAAUUGCUGAAAGUAUUGCUAUUUUUGCUUUGGUAUGUAGCUUCUUGUAUGUCCAUAGAAAUAAGGAUGUUGUUCGGUUUGGGUUAGUGACAAUGAUGAAUGUAAAGUCUGAAAUGGUUUUCUCAUCCUCAUGUCCAGUACUGAAUGGUAGCAAAUCUAAAAAUGUGACAGCUGAAAUUCCAGAAGAAGGUACAGCAAAACCACCAGAACAAACACCAUCUCCCUCCCCAACGUAAGUACUCUUAUUAUUUGCAAUGCCUUGUACUGUACGUUUGCUGUGUCUGUUGCGUCAGAAUUUGAGAAACCUAGAAGAAUCGGGUGUUUGUAAGAGAGAAGCCAGUUGUCUCGAUUAAAGGGAUACCUUAGGCACUGUAAACAACUUUAGCUUAAUAAAGCUGUUUUAGUGUAUUGAUCAUGCCCAUGCAGUUCUGCUCGCUUUUCUGCCAUUUAGGGUUUAAAACAAUUUUGUUUCUAUUUAUUGCAUCCUAGUCACACCUUUGAUUGACACAGCCUACAUGAAAAAAUGUGAACACACUGCAAUAUGACCGGACUGAAAAUAAACCUUUAGAUUUAAAAAAAAUAAAUAAAAAAUCAUCUCCUGCUCUGUUAAUUGAACUUCAAAGUGAACGGUAAUGGAAAAAAAAAAACUUGCUUUAAAUCUCCAUAUUCAUUAAAUACACCAUAUAUCAUAAAGAAGCAUGUUGUAUACAGUGUAGAAAAAAGUUUUACAUACUUUUCAUCCAUUCCAACACCACUUUGUGUGUUACUCUUUGUGUAACAUCCAGCUACUGGCUGUCCUGUGCUCCGCCUGCAGUCUUGCAAUUUUCUUUGAUUUACCCUGCUUGGGAUAGGCAGGGUAAAUCUUAUCAGUGAUGUCGGCAUGCUUGCGUUGGAAUGGAGUAAUGUAUCGUCACUCCGUUCUUAUAAUACCUAGCCGUGGCUAGGCAGUUUCCGUGUGCUGUAGUUCCUAUGGGUUGAGAGCUGAGGGACCUCCUGUGGGAGACCUUUUCUGCUCUCCCUUGUCAGUCAAUGCCUCGGCACACCAAGGUAUUGACUGAUAUCUAGGAGAAAAAUAUAUUUUUAAAUAAUACUGAAGCACACACCUAAUUAUAUAUUUGCUAGAUAAUGAGCAUAAGUUAUUUGGGAUGUGACAGGUGCCCUUUAAUCACAUGCAGGAAUGUCCUGCAGGCUUUAACAAUCUAUUAACAGAGCAGGAGAUAUGAAAAUUCUUAGCCAAACAGAUUGUGCAAUAGAUUUAAAUUAGAUAUAUCUUUACAGGAAAUGUAACAUGCAAGACAGCUGUGACUAGGGCUGAAUAAACAAAGGGAUUUAACUCCAAAAUGGCAGACUAUUUAGCAGUUGCAUUGCAGGGGAAUAAUCUAUACACUUAAACUGCUUCAUUAAGCUAAAUUUGUUUUGUGCUUAUGGUGUCCUUGUAAUUUAAAUUCUUGAGUACAAUUUCUAAUUUGGUUGUCUUGAUUUGCAUCCCAACUUACUCAAGCAGUACAAGACAUCCAGAAUGCAACUUUAAAUUUACUUUUUAUUAAACAAUUAAUUAUGUGUCUCCCUCAAGUGACUAAUCAAAUGUGUGCAGUCUUGGCAGAAAAUGGUAAUCUGUCAAAAAAACUUUUACACCUCCAACAGCAGGACCUAAUUAAGGAACCUUUGCAAAUAUUGCUCAAAUGUCACUUUUGUUUUAUAUAUUGAUGUUAUGGCAAAUUGGUUUCUGAAAUUUGUGGGUCAAGAGUAGGUAACAUACUGAUAGCACACCAGUUAAGACAUCUACUGCCUUUCUUAUCAACCAUCAAGACAAAAAAAUAUUAAGUAUGUAUGUGGCUCUGUUGAACAUAUUUGCACUUGAUUUUUUUGGGUCAUUCAGCUUAGUUAUAUCAUGUUCUUGAUUAUGAAAAUGCUAUAUGUUGAAUAGAUAUUUGCACUAAAAUGUAGAUUUUGUGGGUCUUUUACAGAUUGGAAAGCGAGAAUAUACCUUCUUCUUCAGUAUCUGUUGCUGAGCUGGAGACUCCAAAAGAGAAUCCGAUCGUUCAGUUGGUAGAGGAUGAGGAGGAAGAGCAGCCUGUUCAGUCAACUGUAAUUCUUUUAGAAAAAGGUGAUCAAGAGGAUGAAAAGACGGCUUGGUUUGAACAAGAGACCCAGAUUUACUGCAAUGAACUUACAGCUAUCUGCUGCAUUUCAAGUUUCUCAGAAUACAUUUUUAAGUGGUGUUCUGCUAUUGUGGCUAUUCACAGACAACGCAGUAAAACAGUGGAGUGCAAGAGAAGAGGAGAUAGUAAAUCUCAGUCCACUCCGUUACCUAUAGCAAGCACAACUAUUAUCAGUUCUUUACAUGUAACAACUGUUUCAGAAUCAUCUGAUACCAAAAUGGCAGAAAUGGCAACAACUGACUUUAUUUUGGUUUAUCCUGAUGGCAGUUUACCAUCAAGUACGUUGGAUAAAGACGUUGAAUCAAUUGACUUGGAACCUAGCCACACACAGGCAGUGUCUCAGUCUGUUAUUUUGCAUCUAACAUCAGAUGUGACAUCUACACCCACUACACCAGUUUUGGAAGCCACCAAAAUAGAUGCAGGCUCCACAGCCAACCCACUUUCUACUGAAGUCUUACAAACUCAAGUUAAGGAAGUUAAAACAAGCGAGGCCUUGGUUUAUGCGGAAAAGCCAACUGUAAGUUUGGAGACAAAUAUUUUGACAAACGUACCUGAAAUACCUGUUAAAGACGAUAUUGACUACACUAACAUUAUUAAAGCAACCGAGACUAUCCCACCGCCAGAAACAAACACUUUACCGGUGGAUCGGGAAAUUGAAGAAACACAAAAGCCUGUAAUAACACAAACUAUCGAGAGUCCACCUGCUGUAGAUAAAAAAGAAGAGGAGCAAGCUUCAGAUGAUGUGACCAUCACUGGUAACCUGCCCAGGGCUACUACAGAUUUCUAUGCGGAGCUACAAAAUUCUACUGAUUUAGGCUACACCAAUGGGAACCAAGUACAUGGUUCCAACCAAAAAGAAUCAGUUUUUAUGCGUCUCAAUAAUCGCAUUAAAGCUCUGGAAGUAAAUAUGUCUCUUAGUAGCCGUUACUUGGAAGAACUUAGUCAAAGGUGAGUCUGUUGUGCAUCCGCCUUUCAAAAAUGACACUGUUUCACUUUGUAUAGAACAGUUAAUCUAUACUCCCAUUCAAAAUGCUUGUACAUAUAUGGAUAAAAUAUUCAGAACAUGUUCAUUUAUGUAUUUAUACUGUAGACAGAGAAGUGUAAAGUACAGCAAUGCUAUCCAGUGAUCUUCACCUACAACUAGUCACAUCCCUCUAUUCUUGUGGCCUUGCAUCAAUACACAUAGAAUUCUGCAAUGAGCUUUGUGGGAUUUCAGCAUGUGCUCAUGCAUUUAGUUGCACAAGCUUUUAAAUUAAACCUCAGGUUUGUACAGCCUUAAAGGACCACUAUAGUGCCAGGAAAACAAACUAGUUUUCCUGGUACUAUAGUGCCCUGAGGGUGCCCCCACCACGCGCAUUCAGCCAGUCCAUAGGAAAGCAUUCUCAAUGCUUUCCUAUGGACGCUGGCGUCUUCUCACUGUGAAAAUCACAGUGAGAAGCGCCCCUAGCGGCUGUCAGUGAGACAGCCACUAGAGGCUGGAUUAACCCUAAAGUAAACAUAGCAGUUUCUAUGAAACUGCUAUGUUUACAGCAGGCAGGGUUAAUCCUAGAUGGACCUGGCACCCAGACCACUUCAUUGAGCUGAAGUGGUCUGGGUGACUAUAGUGGUCCUUUAAGCAGUAAGUUGUUGAUUUCACUAGCACAAUGAACACAUUUACACUUGGGUGAGGGGGAUAUCCUUCAAACCUUUCACACGCGCACUUCUGCUCUUUAUACCUGUAUUCCACAUUUCUAUUUUUUUUUUUUUUCAAAUCUUUCUUUUAUUGAGUCAUAAAGUUGCAAGGGUACAGAAUGAAGAAGGGGUGACGAUAAAGAUACAUACAAGUUGGGAGCAGUACAGCACAAUAUAUAUCAUCUCUGAAAAUUGUGAGCCACUUUUUAUAUUAAAUAAGUCGAUUAAUGACAUGCACGUAACUGUAUGAUAUAAGUAAUAAGAGAAAACUGGAACUAUGCAAAAAACAUCGCAAGAUGCAAGAGAUUAGACACAGGCUUAUACAGAGCUCUUAAAGCGGCACUGUCAUGCCGAACUUACCUUUCCUCAAUCUCUUCCUCUUCUCCCCCUCUCUCAGGAUCUGUUCUUCUUUUCUUCCUGUCUUCUUUAGUUUUCUUUAAAAUCAUAAGACAAUGUAGGGACUCUUUGCCUUAUGGAGGUUUCCUCCGCUUGACCAGCUCUGACCAGCGGAGGAGCAAAGUGUGCUUCAGUAGGUUUCCCCACCUCCCCCCUCUCCCCCCCCCAUUAUCUUUAUGGCCCCCACCCGCCGCCCAGGGGUGGGGGGAGGGGAGGACAGUAGGUCCCCCCCUCAUUAUCAUUAUGGCCCCCACCCGCUGUCCGGGGGGGAGGGGGGGGUUGGACAGUAGGUCCCUCCCCCCACAUUAUCAAUAUGGCCCCCACCCGCCGCCCAGGGGUGGGGCCCGGGGGUGGGGUAGGACAGUAGAUCCCUCCCCCCUCAUUAUCAAUAUGGCGGCGGGUGGGGGGCAGUAGGUCUCCCCCCUUAUUUUACUUUAGGGCCCCCACCCGUCGUUUAGGGGCCAAUAGUUUUUUUUUGUUUUUUUUACAGUAGCUGCUCACUGUUUAGUGGACAUGCCCCUACUCGCAGUAUAGCGAGUAGGGGCAUUGGGGAGAUUUUAAUCUCCCUUGUGCUAUUAUGGGGGUCAUAUUGACCCCCAUAGAGUGAGGGGGGCCUGGGGGGACUUAUGAAGUGGUGGGGAGCACUGCUCCCUGCCGCUUCUAUCUUUACAUAUUACAAGGAGGGAGCUGUGUGCCGGUAGCUCCCUCCUUGUAAUAAACUGCACGAACAAACGAACACUGAUACUCAGUGUUAGUUUGUUCGGCUGAUAUUUCUAUUCAUUCAUUCGUCUGUCUGAUGAAUGAAUAGACGAAAUUCCCGUUCGCAUGUCCAUGUGUUUCACUGGGCAUGUGCGGGAAUCUCAGUCUAUCUACCCACACAAAGAUGGCGGCGCCCUGAAUAUAGAUCGGGGCAGAAAAUAAGGAAUAAAAAAUAGGUAAUGUGGGGGGCUUAGGGGCAUUUGGGGGUGACUAGGGUGUCAAUGAAGGCCGGAGAGGGGUUAAAAAAAAACAAAAACAGGAUUCGGCAUGAGUUUGGAGAUUAUACUAAUCAACCACAGUGGCAAAUUUGAUCAUAUUGACAUGGUAAACAGUAGUAAGGUAUGUGAUAAUUAGCACCUUUUUAGUAGGUGUAGAACUAAUAGACUUGGUGAUUGCUAGGGCAGAUUAAAUCAUGCUGGCAACUGGCAAAGUGUGUGUCAUAGUAGAGGAUGUAGCACAGGAUGUAGCACAUGCUAGGGGUGUUUAUUAGGCAAAACCAUAAACAAUAAUACACUGGCAAAAUUAACUGUACUAGGCUGUCUAACCAAUAUAAGACCGUUAGCUUAAGUAUCUCGAGAGUCACUUAGCCCACACCAGCUGCUGGUAUAAUGUUGUCCCCCAAAGUGGCGUUGUACAGACCUGCAGGCUAGAGGUAGUCGACCAGUUGGUGGAUGGUUGAGGCCUGUGGGUAGUCUAUUUAGGCCUGCGGAGCAUCGCAGCUGGAUACUCUGAUCGAUGAGGGGCCAAGUGGCCCCUGCGGCUAUGCUGUAAAUUCCAUGAGAGGGCCUUCUCUUGAGUCGCUGUUGCUUAAUGGCAGUAGCUGUUCCCUUCGGGCGCAGGCCUCUUGGUUCUCCCGUGUGUCGGGCCCUUAGCCCCAAAGGGCAGUAGCGAGCAGUGGGCGUCACUGUGCAGGAUGUGGCUUUCAGGCCAUCUCUCUUCUUUCCCUUUUCUGUGGUUUGGGAGCUGGUUGGGUGCCCCGAGGCCCACUCGCCUCGUGUUUCAGGCCACUGGGAGGUGGGUGCCGCCGCUUGUCAGUCGUCUUCUGCGACCCUUAAGUUUGUACCCCUCUGCGCCACAGUUUCUGCCAGAAGUCUUUGAAGAGUGCAACCAGCCGCUGUUCGUAAUAGGAGGAAUCCUAUAUACACACACUUAAAGGGACACUCAUAGCAUCAAAACCAUUGCAGGGUGUCCAAUUUUGGGCGGCAAUGGUGGACUAAUGGUGAGUCCCAAAAACUGUCCCAAAUUAAGAUAGACAAAUAUGGCAUGUGAAUUUCUGAACUAGAAAACUGCAGCAGAAUGGUAGUAUUGGGAACCAAGAACCAGCUGCUCUAUUUUAGGGUUAAUAAGGGAUAGGCCAUAAUGGCAUGUCUAAUGUAUUUAAAAAUUAAAUAAAAAAAUUAAUUUUUACUAUAUUUUAAGGUACCGGAAACAAAUGGAAGAAAUGCAGAGAGCAUUUAACAAGACUAUAUUAAAGCUUCAAAACAAUUCUAGAAUUGCUGAAGAGCAGGUAACAAACUAUCCCUUUAUUGAUAUAAAAUGUGGGUAAUCCAUGGUUUAAUUUUCACAAUCUUAUCUGCACCAUAUAUGUAAAUGGUAUAAUCUGUAAUUACAGUUUAGGAGUGAAAUUUAACACACAGUCUGAUUACCUGUUAUCAAGCCAAUUUUUACAGCAUUAUAAACCUCUAUGAUAUGCCUUGUCACUUCUGUGGGUUUCUCAUGCCCCAGGUAGAUAGUAAACUUGUCUUCUACUCUAAGCUACGAGUGUAUGGUAUAUUAACUGUGAUCCUAGGGGGAUUCUCUCAUCCGUAUAUUUACUUUGUGCCAUAUAGGCAAAAAGGGGUUUUCCAGUCUUUGGAAUCAUGGUGAAAUAUGCUUCCCAUAUUUCGUGAGACAUAAAAUAUUUCAUAUAGUAUGUAAGAUAAUAUAUUUUGGCCAGUAUGUGUGCGAGAAUAUAUUGAAAUAUUUUGUAAUAGUAAUUUGAGAACCCGUUAAAGCCAGGUGCAUUAUUUGCAAAUGAUUUAAUCACUUUUUCCACUUCUUUUAUUAAAAUAAGUGCUAAAACAAUAUCCAGCUUUUCUUCAUUCAGCUUAGGAAAUUGGGUUAGUGAUAGUAAUGCUCUUAUUUCAUCUUGUGGUAUAUUUAUUUAUUGAUUUGGUUGUUACUCAAAUUGUAUAUAUUUGCAAAGUACUCAAAUUCCUUUUUGUUUGUUUUCUUGGAGUUGUUUCCAAAGUUAUUGCAAUUCUUGUUUCGUUUUUUAAAUAUAUAAUUGAAGAGUCUACCAGUCUUUUAUAUCCUAAUGAUUGAAACACUGCACAUCCAAAGUUGUUUGCACUUUUAUACCGGGCACUAGUUGCACCCCCAGUACAUUUGACUUAGGAAGACGAGAAGUCUCUUCCGGGCUGCCUAAUGUCCAUACUGUACAUAAAAUACAUCUGUCGUCAUGGUGGCGUUUUCUGCUUGAAACGCUACACAUCCAGAGAUAAUUGCACUUUUGUGCCGGGAGGUAGUUGCGCCCUGGCACAGGUGACAUAAUUUAAAUCCUUUGCAAAAAUAAUGCCUGUCGUCCGCAUGCUAGCGAUAGUCAUAAUGACCAACUCCUUUCAGUACAGUGCCUACCAUGGACAUGUGUAUCUUAGCUCCCUUGUUGUAAUUUAAAACCAUGUGCAUGCACUCUGUGCCAAUGAAACAAUCCAAACCAAUGCUUCUCUAUGAGAAGCAUUUGAUUGGACCGCAAGUGGGCACUGAUGAUGUCUGAUGACGUGGAAUUUGGCGAGGGGAGCUUCAUGCGGCAUAUAGUUCAAGUGGGCAAUCCCUAUGAAUCAAAAUUGAAACACCUUUACAUUUAGAAUUGGCCACUGCAAAAAACAAAAAGAAUGCAUAUUGAGGAUGAUCUCUAAAAGAGUAUUAGAAGUUCUGUUUAUAUAGUCAAAUAACAAGAAAAUGUAUGUUUCAUGUCCCCAUUUUUACACGUGAAUGUUAAAAAUGGGAUUAAUUUCUUCUUUUAUGCAUUGCCAUUUAGGAUCAGAGGCAGACAGAUUCCAUCCAAUUACUUCAAGCACAGUUAAUGAAUAUGACACAACUGGUUUCAAAUCUUUCGGCAACGGUAGAUGAGUUAAAAAGAGAGGUAUGUCUUCUUCUUGACUUUGAUUUGACUAGAUUGUAUGUUUGUGUGAAUUCUUCAUGCGGAUCAUUAAAAUAUCCUACUUGACUUAUAGAGAUGUUUUAAAUUCAGGAUGUCACAUUUGACUUUAUCUACACUCUAGUGUUACAAUAAACUAUAUAAUUUAGAGAAAGUAAAUAGCGACAUCUGCCAUCUUCUUGCAAUACAAAGCUUCCCGACCACAUCAAAUAUUUUUUUUUUUCACCAAAUUGAAAACUUAAUGUGCAAAACUUUAAAAGCACUUUUCGAAAGUUAUUUUAUUUUUAUUUUUUAAAUACAAUGUGCCCUAGUGGGCCUAAGUUAUUGGGUUUCUCAUGCCCCAGGUAGAUAGUAAACUUGUCUUCUACUCUAAGCUACGAGUGUAUGGUAUAUUAACUGUGAUCCUAGGGGGAUUCUCUCAUCCGUAUAUUUACUUUGUGCCAUAUAGGCAAAAAGGGGUUUUCCAGUCUUUGGAAUCAUGGUGAAAUAUGCUUCCCUUAUUUCGUGAGACAUAAAAUAUUUCAUAUAGUUAGACCCUUUGAAAUAAAUUAAGUUACCUGAAAUCCAGUGCUGGGCAAAACCCCCUUGCUGAAUUUCACUGCCUGUGUGAGGUCACAGCCUCCCUCUCUGUAAUCCAAUCAAUAGCAUGUAGUCCAAUCACUGCCUGCAAGGAACAGCGUUUUGGACUGCCAAGUCACAUGUGCCAUGGGUGUAACGUGCACCUGGCACAACAGUGUAAAUAUCUUUUCACAGCAUUUCAAGCAGAAAUGCAGCCCAUAGAGAUACUACCGCCAUCUAAAGGCAUAAUUGGAGGAGUAACCCUAACGUACAGCAGAUAAAAAAAUCAGUCAGUGUCCAGGAAGCAGAACAUGUUCUAAAGCAUUCAUGAAAACUAGUGCAAUGGAGCUUGGUGGAGGAUUGCUAACAUCUGCAAUAAUUAAUUCUAGAUUUCUAAAACCUAUUCGAUUUGUAUAUUUAGGCAAGUGCUGUCAUUCUGUGGUACACUCUAAAUAUCGAGGUUUACUGUUAUCUCAGAGAAUGGUAUGAACAUUUGAAAACCACUUUAUUGUUUUUUUGUGUCUGUUUACUAAAGGCAGAUCAUUAAAUGCGCUUAGAGAAAUAUGUUCACAGAAUUCAUCUGGUUUCUACUUGUAUAUACAGUCACUCAAAUAGACAGCUGUGGCCUAAGUACCUAAAUGCAUGUCUUGUAGCUGUCAGACAUCACUACUAGUCACAAUAUGAAGGCAAUGUUUAAAUGUAUGCUUUCUAUGCAUAUAUGUAUGUGUAUUCAGAACCUUUAAUUUUUUUAGCGAUUUUACAUUUUUUGUUUUGAUUUUCCUUACCCCUUAAUGACAAAGCAACCCAGAAUUUUUUUUUUUUUUUAUUACAUUGCAAAUAUAUUUAGCAAAAAAACUGAUAUCACAUUGAAAUAGGUAUUCAGUACUUGAAGCACAUUUGACAAUGUUUACAGCCUCAAGUCUUUUUUGCUAUAAUGCAACAAGCUUUGCACGCCUGGAUUUUGGUAGGUUUUGCCCUUCAUCUCUGCAGACCCGAUCAAGUUUUGCUAGGUUGGAUGGGCCAUUUUCAAGUCUCUCCAGAGAUCUGCCAUCACAUUCUAUGUUUCUAUAUAAGGCCAGGGACUAAUGAAAGUAUUUAGAAAAUUGGGCAGACUAGAUGGGCCGAAUGGUUCUUAUCUGCCGUCACAUUCUAUGUUUCUAUGUUCGAUUUGAGUCAAAUCCAGGUUCUUGCUGGACUACUGAAGGACAUUCAGAGUUGUCCUUAAGCUACUCUUGCAGUGACUUGUUGUGUACUUCGGGGGUCACUGUCCUGUUGAAAUGUGAACUUUCAGCGCAGUUUGACAUCCUGAGUGCACUGCAAUUUGCUGCAUUUAGCUUUACCUUAACCCUGAGCUGUCUCUCAUUCACUGGCUCUACAAACACCACCAAGGCAGGAAGCUUCCAUCACCAUAUUUUGCCGUUGGGAUACACAGGUGAUGAGUAGUACCUGGUAUCAUCCAGACAUGACGAUUUAAAUUGAAGCCAAACUGUUCAAUCUUCAUUUCAUCUGACCAGAUUUCUUGUUUCUCACAGUCUUAAAGUUACAUGCAGGCUAAAGUUACAUGUGGUUUCCUUCUGCCUAGCCUGCCAUAAAGGCUGGAUUGGUGAAGUGUUGCAGUGAUGUUUGUUCUUCUGCAACUUUUUCCCAGAGUGACCAACACGUUCUUGUUCAUGUAUCUUACCAAGGUCCUUCUCCUCCCCCAAUUGCUCAAUUUGGCAUGAGAGACAGCUAUAGCAGCUGACCACGCAUUAAAGAAUUAUGGUGGCCACACUGCUCUUGGGAACUUCAAUCGGCUGGAUUUUUUUUGUGUGUCUUUUAACUUCCCCAUAUCUGUGCCUCGACACAAUCCUAAACUCUGCAGGCAGUUUCUUUGACCUCAUGGUUUGGUUUUUGGUCUGAUAUCCAUUUAUAGCUAUGACCUUCUAUCGAACAAGUGUGCCUUUCCAAAUCCUAUCCAAUCAGUUGAAUUUUCCACAGGUGGACUCCAGUCAAAUUGUAGUUAUGUCUCAAAGAUGAUCUAUAGAAGAGCAUUUUUACAUAAGGUUAAAAAUGUGAAAUAAAAUUAAAACGUCUGAAUACUUUCUGAAUGAACUGUAUGUUUGUAUGUGAAUCUCUCUCUAUAUAAACAUACACAUACUUUCACACAAAAAAACAGCACUCUGGGGAUUUCUUGACAGAAAAAUUACAAUAUACAGUUUGUUGGAUCAAUGUUUCAGUUUGACUAUACAAACUUUAAUUAGGUUCUGAAGAAAGUUUGCAUUGUCAAACUGAAACUUUGAUCCAAUAAGCUGCAGUGUCUUGUUUUUCUGUCAGAAUGUCCCUACAGAACCAUUUGUAGAAGUGGAUUAUCUGCUUAACAUUGCAUUGGACCCAAAGCAAUAAAAACAUGCUUUAUAACUAUGACUUUUUCCUUGUGUUACAGGUGUCUGAUCGACAGAGCUAUCUAGUAGUGUCUCUGGUUUUGUGCAUUAUCUUGGGGUUGUUGGUUUGCCUGCAGCGCUGUAGAAAUACAUUUCACUUCAAUGAAGAGUACCUUUCCAAAAUCCCUAAAAGCAAUAACUACCCCAGUCCAAAACGGUAAGGACCUUUUCUGCAAGAUAAACAAUGAUGUAAUUAUUAUAACUGAAUUCAGGUAAAACACAAUUUUCCCACAGUUACUAUUGUUUUUCAGUACAAAUCCAAAGAAUGCUUUUAAUUUAACAGUGGUUGACAACUGAAUUGAAAUGUUGCCUCAUUUAAUCUGUUUUGUAUAACUAUUGAUGCCUUUCGUCUAAAUGGUCAGUUAAUGCCAAAACAUGCUUUGCACUUAGUAAAGAAUGUUUUCUAAUAUGCUAUAGAAGGAGUUUACGUCACUGUCAACCAAAGUGAUGAUGGACCUGCACGCAUUACUUCUAGUAGUGUUUGGGAAUAUAUCUUUGAUUAGGACCGUUUGUUAAACACUGAAUACAUGCUUCUUAUUUAUACCACUGUUAUAUAUCAGUGACUGUGCAGAUCUUGCUCUUGCUAAUGCGGUCUUACGGUCAGCAGAUGCCACUCUGAUAUCACAUCCUGAUGAUGGUUCUCUGUAAAGUAGUUUCUUCUGUUUUACUACCAUAUGCAAGGCACUUACUAAAGUGUUUUCUGUGUACAUAUUAUUAUUAUUAUGAUAUUUAUAGAGCGCCGUCAAAUUUCGCAGUGCUUUACAAUGGGUGGACGAACAGACAUGUAGUUGUAACCAGACAAGUUAUACACACAGGAACAGAGGGGUUGAGGGCCCUGAUCAAUGAGCUUACAUGUAUUAUAUAUUGUACCACAUAAUCCCUUGGCUGAACCCUUUUUUUUAUCAUGCUACUGGCAGAGUGGGUUUCUGAGCUAAAUGCUUUCUUAAUAGGAUAAGCAUUGAGUGUGCAUAUAUAUACUUUUGCUUUCACUUUAAAAAGUUUUGGGUAUAGGACAGAGCUUACGAAUUGUGGAAAGCCAUUCAAAACCGGUUGCCCAGAAGGCAGGCAGUAAAAGAAACCACAAAUCUAUUUACGGUUUAUUUACUGGUGCAUUGCAUGUGCACCUGAAGGAGAUUAUUAAAAGGGAAAGACCCAUAGGAAGUGUAAUUAUUUGUGCAGUGGUGUAAAGUUAUCUGUAGUUGAAGGAAGAUGUGGUUUGCUUCUUGCUCUUCAAUAUUUUAUUUGAUCUGAUUCCCCCUGUGCACACAGAUUAGUCCUUUGAUCUAUGAGGGAAUCUUUUUCCAUGGUAUUGCAGGAUGUUGGUUGAGAUACUUAGCUAGCAGUUUUAGAUCAGAGAGUUCAGGAACUAGAUGCUGUUACUUUUCUCGUGUAAUGUAAAAUAUUGAGUUACUGAGAAAAGGCAAUGUUUACAUUUGUUUGAAGAGACCACACUGCUAGUGACUGUCAGACUGACUCCCACAAAAAUCACUUCUUCUUUAAGAGUUUCAAAAUUCAAUGGUCUUCAUGUUUGGCAUCAUUGUGCAUGGAAAGAUGAUGCAGAAUUUGGCUAAUGCUCACCUCAUAGUAGCUUUGAUUUUAGUGCUUUGGAUUGGCCUUUGUUUUUUUUUCUAAUUCUAGGAUUACCCCUAAAUCUUAACCCCUUAAGCACACAUGACAUGUGUGACAUGUCAUGAUUCCCUUUUAUUCCAGAAUUUAAACACUAAUGGAACACUCUAAGAUUAUAUAUGCAUCUUGAUUUUGAAACUUUGUUUCUUUAACAGAGCAGGAGUUGAAGUAACAACAUUCUCUUUGGAUUUUAGAAUGUGUUGUUUUUUUUUUUUUUUUUUCUCAAACACUUUUUCAGUAAGUGUGUGAGUCACAUCCAGGGGAGGUAUGGCUCACAUAAAUAAAGUGGUUUUUAUGCGACUGAGAACCAUGAUCUAUGCUAAAAAAAGACUUCAUACAGCUAAAGUUGUUUUGGUGUUGAGUGUCUAAUGGAGUAUCUGCUUUGUAAGUUCUAAAGAUGUCUUCAUUUCUUUACCACUAGAAGGUUCUAGGUGAACUACAGAAUUAGGGAGGAUCACUAGGCUUUCAUCCCUUCAGCUGGUAUGUGUUUGUGGACACUAACAGAGCUAUUUACUAAAGUGAGAAUUCAAGGCAUAUUCAAAGUGAAUAUCGAGUUUAAGGUUAAAACAACCAAUUUUAGCAACUCUGGCCUUGUAUUUGAAAUUCACUCUAAAUUCUCACGUUCGUAAAUAACCCUUUAGGUUCGGAGUCAAGUUGAGGACUAAGCAUACAUAAUUCAAAUCUCUAAAACACAGCCCAGUUCAGUAAACCAUGAACUUUGUUGUGUUUAAACAGAUAGCCAUAGUAUGGCUGCUGUCCGUUUCUGAGCAAUUCUUAUCACCCUAUUUGAUUGAGACUGCUCCUAUAAUCCCCUGCUGGACAGGAAGAUUGUGGGGUAAGAUCAGUCCCUAUGCACUAAAAUUAGACUGCCUGCAAGUGCAAACAGACCCUUUACUUGGUGCCCCAAAAGAAAGCCCUUUAGGAAAUAUAUUUGUAAUGCAUUAUCUAUGCAAUGCAUUAAAAUAGUCAAAUUUUAUUACACAAUCCCAUUUAAUAUCAAUAUCUUAGACCAUUUGAACUGUCGCACAGGUAUGAUUGCAGCCUUCUGUUUUUAUGCAAAUGCGUUAGCUGUCCUUUGUUUAAAACAUGACUGUUAAAUAAUCCCAGAUUAUUUCAAACCAAGAGGACAAACUUGUUAUCAAAGCCUACAAAUAAAACGGGCUUUUCAGGGAGAUAAUUUCUGACCCUAAUCCUGAUAUACAUUUCAUUCCUGUGACUUCCACUUAGAAAAUGAAAAAUACACUGCCUUUUGUUAAUUUUCAAGUCCACUGUAACAUUUUGUUUAAAUAUCCAUUAUUUGAAUGACAUUGUUUGUUCUGCUUGAUAUGUACAUUAUUAAAAUGCAUUGUUUUGUGUUUAGCUGCUUCUCUUCUUAUGAUGAUAUGAAUCUUAAACGGAGAACCACUCUUCCCUUGAUUCGAUCUCAGUCUUUUCAGCUGUCCAAUAAAGAAGGUAUGUUUUAUGUACACUUCAAACGAGCACUACAAUUCAUAACUGUAUAAAUAAUUUUAUAUGUAUAUUAAAAUGUUAUGUAUCUCCUUUAUGCAGACAAGCAGUGUAAAAUGUAAAUGCAUCCUAGUUACUUUUCUUCUUCAGUCUGUUUUAAAAGUACACAGAGAUAGAAGGUCAGCAUGAUGAAAAAUUCCAUUGUGUGUCCUGAAGGUGUUAAUUAAAAAAGUGUGUACUAAACCUAUUUUAUCUUAUGAAAUAUUUUAUAGACUGGACAAGAACGUUAACUAUGAAUAUUCAGAAUUUUAACAUACUAAUAAUGCUCCCUUGUGCAUACUAUAUAUUUGCAGGUUUACAUAACUAAGUUGUCUCCUUUCAUUUUCAUACUCAGCACUAAAUAGAAAUUGGUCAUCUAUGCCAGCGCUAGUCAGGAAACGUAAAGUGAGCACGAAGGAAAGAGAGGCACACAAACCAAAGCCAGAAGACCAUAUCUGUGAGGCAGACCUUUAUCCGCAUAGAGCAGAAUUUUUUAUAUAGGCUUUUUUUCUAACAGUUGAAACAAGUUUUGUUGUGACAUGCAAUCUCUGGAUUCAUAGGCAUUUAAAGCCCACACUAUGAGUCUUGGACAUCAUAUGAGAAUGUUUCCAAUUCUUCUUUAUUCAUCCCAAAUAUUUGUCUGAGUAAGUCGUAUUCAGCCACACAAAUGUAAUUAAAAAAAUAAAUCACCAAGUUAACAGUAUUUUUUUUAUUUAUUUAAUUUUAAAUAUUAAUUUUUGUUCCUGCAAAUCAACUCUUCAAGGCUUGUAGAUCAGAGUUUCACAUUGUCUUUUUUUCUUAUGUACCCACAAAUAUGAAGGUUUCAUUGGUUUCCUCACUUGAUCACCGAUGGAUCAGCAUAUUUCUCUUGUGGCUUAUGUAGUCGAAAAAUAUGCUGAUGUAACACCUGUGUUCUUGUAUUAAAAUGUUGAUCAUGCACUCAAAACACAGUUUAGGGGCUUAAAACACAAAGCUUCUGCAUAGAUAAUUAUCUUCCAGCACUGUAAUAUUUAAUCUUAUGUUUAUCCUGUGGUUUGUUUUUUUUUGUUUUUUGUUUUUACAAUAUUUUCAACAUUUUUAUUUAUUUAUUUUUUUACAUCUGUUUAGUGGAUCUUGAUGACUUGUACAUUGUUGAACCCUUGAAAUUUUCUCCAGAGAAAAAGGUACGUUUCUUACAGGUAUGGUUGCAAGCACCAUAGUUUAUAUAAUCUUACUAGGCAGUUUUAAAAUAAAAGUAGUAAUAGAUUAUCUGUAGACCAGCUGUUUGCUGGUGUAGAAAACUACAGUCAUGUAAGUAUGUAUAUGUUUUAACUAUUUAUGAAUAGUAUGUCCGUUAUGGAUAGGAAAUUCUGGAGCAUCUCAAGCCAAGGUGCAGAUUAGGUGGUGACGACUCGCAUAUGGGCCAGACAGUUAAGGAAACCGUAUCAGAGUAUAGUCACAAAUGUGCUUCAUUGAAACAAUAAAAUGUUAUUUGAGUUCAAACACACAAAAAAAAGUUUAAUAAAAUGCUCAAGCAGCAGAUCGGCUGUACAUUGAAGCCACCUAUGUUUAACCACUAAUACCUAUGGAUCUGUGUGUCAUGCUUGCUAACUUACUAAUAAAUGUACAGAUUCAAAUGUAGAUGCUGUCACAUACAUUGCAAUAAUUGCAUUGAUCCUAGUCAAACAUGGCAUAAGUGGCAAUGAACCAUACUCCCCUUUUUUCCCCCUUGCCUACAUAGUGUGUUGCUAUGGAAAAAGUACCAUCUUGUGCAAACUUUAAUAAUUUAGGAUACCUGCUAAACAUAAAGAUGCCAGGACUUGGAUUGUUGCUGUUUGCUCUGCUGUUUUGGUCAGUAGAUGGCGGUCCAUACCUAGUUCUGCUCAAACAGGGAUUACAUGCUAGUGCUUUGACACCAUGUUUCACUUAUCCCUUAAAUCACAAUUUAGGCUCUCUACUGGUUAAGUUAUUACAGAAAGUUUAUAUAGAGUAUACUUUUGCUGCUUAAGUCACGUGUAUAUCGAAUUACAAACACAGAUAUCUUCCCUUGUCUCUCCUCUUAAAAGGUCGCAUUUCAGUGUGCUUUACUUUUCAGAUGUGUUUAAUUUAUUUCAUAUUCAUAUAUAAACCUCUGCCUAAUUUUGACUUAUCUUUAUUUUAUUUUUUUACAGAAAAAACGAUGCAAAUAUAAAAAUGAAAAGAUUGAGACUUUGAAACCAAUGGAUCCAUUAAAAGCUCUCCCAAAUGGGGACAUUAAAACCAAGAAACUUUUCACAAAUCAAAGAGACUUCUCUAAUAUGGGAGAGGUAUAUCACUCCUCUUACAAAGGUCCGCCUUCUGAGGGUAGCUCUGAAACAUCAUCCCAAUCAGAGGAGUCUUAUUUCUGUGGCAUCACAGCCUGCACGGCCCUUUGUAAUGGGCAGCCCCAGAAGACUAAAACAGAGAAGAGAGCCAUUAAACGUAGGCGCUCGAAACUUCAGGACCAAGGAAAGUUUAUCAAAACUUUAAUACAAACUAAGUCUGGGUCCAUGCCCAGCCUCCAUGAUAUCAUAAAAACCAACAAAGACCUUACUGUGGGAACAUUUGGUCUUACGACUGUUUCUGGUCGUAUCUAGAAAACUGAAUAAAGUUCAACCACAGGUAUUGUUUUCUUUUUAUAUGUACUUUGCGAAGAAGAAGAUUCAGCUUGUGAGAUUUGUAGCUCGGUGGAUGGUACAACCAACUUGGCUUUAUAUACACAAUGUGUUGAAACAGGGCUGAUCUGAAGGUUUGUAGGUCAUCUCCUGUUCUUGGAUACUUUGGACAAGGAAAUGGAAAGUCUUUUUCUUUGAAUAUCGUUCUAUAGUAUAGGUUUUUUUCACAGUUUAAUUACUGGGGGAAAAUAGAAACUUUGCCCAGCUUGUUGGGUGAUACUUAAGCUCAACUCACCUUGUCCCCUAUCCUGACUUUGUUCCUGUAUUUGCACCUUUCAUAUUUAUGUGCCUUCUGUCUAUUUAUAAUGCCACUGGAGGGGAGAGCACCAAGUGUGUGCAAAGUUUAGAUUUUUUUGAUUUUUCUUUUUUUGUGUCUAAUUUUCUAUUGUAUGGUUCAGCAACACUGGUAUGCAAGGCCAUUUGCUUGAGUAAUACAAAAAAUGUGGUUACAUGUGUAACAUUUGCAGACAAUUUGAAACCAUCUUCUUGAAUAUAAAACCUCAAUACAGUCCAGCAUGUAGACCUGGCUGAGAUGUAGAUCCCUAAGCUGGCAAAAUCAUCAUGGGAGUUAUGUAAUUGCUAGGGGUUUAUCUUUUUGUCCUUCUCAGGCAUCGAUCGUAUUCUGUCUUAGUGGCCUAAUGUUGAUGUUUGCCUAAAUGUAUGCUAUUCAUAGCUUUACAGUAGAGAUUGUAGCCGUAUUAGUCCCGAGAUGUAGAUGUAAAAUUAACAGAUGAAAUUCUUGUAAUACCUUUUUUAUUGAACUAACAGAAUUUUGGAAUGACAAGCUUUUGAGAGAGCUUCAGUUUCUUAAGUUUAAAGCAUUUCUGAGUAAAAACGACCCAUUGAUUUCAAAGUUGAGUUGUGACUUGGACAUUUUUGAGCAAAAACAACACCUACAUAAAAGCUUAUCUUUUCAAAAUUCUGUUAGUCCAAUAAAAAAAGGUAUUACAAGAUGCUAAUAUCCUCUGUUUUACAUCUUCUAUUCAUAUUAUUAUUUAUUAAUGUGUGUAUGUGCAGGUCUGUUAGAAUUCUGAAAGUCACCGAAUAGCAAACCGUUUGGGAACCACUGGAGGUACUUAUAAUCUUUGUCAAAGAGCAUGAUGAUAUUUAAUACAACAUGCGUCCAUCUAUUGCCCAAGAUAGUGGGCAUGUAAUCACAACUGCAGUGCAUCCGACAAGGGUUUGAUUAUAUCAACAACAAGAAAUAUUACUUGGUUGCAAAGUACCCAAAAGUACAGGCCAGAUUUUUAUUAUUAUGGGGAAAUCUGGUUGUAUACCAGUCUGUCAGAUGCCAAAUAUGUUGCACAAAUCAGAUAAAAAAAACAAAUACGGUAUAUGAUUUGCACAUCUUUCUUACAUGAACUAUUAGCUACCAUUUUUUUUGAUAUAUUGGCCAUAAAUAUGCUAUCUGACCAAGUGUUAGAUUUUUUUUUUUUUCUAUGUGUGCUUCCUUUUCAAGAUCUACAAGGGAAACAAGUUCUGGAAUCUGCUAUAAAUGAUGCAGGCAGAAGAUGUAUUUGUCUACACACACAUUCUCGUUGUCUCCUCUACUCCUCUUCACCCCCUACAUGCCAUGUAUUAAUUUAAAGAGUACACUGCCUAUCCAGUACUGGGGAGUCCAGUUUGCCAUAGAACCCAAACACCUUGAGAACUAAAAAAAAAAAAAGGAUAACAAGGCCUACAAUCUUCUAAUUGGUUCUUCUAACCUGCGUAAAUAGCUAUUGUACCUUCAUAGUUUGUAGAAUGUUGACUGGUCUUUGUGAUCUGCUGUUCAAAUACUGCAACCCUUUCACAUCACAGGUAAGAGUGAGAACAGAUUACCAUGUACAUGCUGUUUAUUUUGUCUGUUUCAACUGCCAAGACGAUAACUAAGGCAUAACAGCAGGGAGGAACAGUUUCUAUUGUUUUUGAGUACAGUAGAAGUUCAUUCAAGUUUGUACAGAUAGAUUUAUAACUGUGAGUUUAUCACGCACAUGGGGUGCACACUGGCAGUGGAGGCUAUAGAUAUACAGUAUGGACCCGCAAAUGUAUUUUCUGUGGUUGCAUAUAAGAUACAGACCCUAUUAUAGUGGUUUCCCACACGUGAUUUUUAUUUUUUAGAUAUUUAUUUUUAUCCCUAGUGAGGUCAUAGAAAGGUGCCCGAUGUUUCUUGAAUACCAACACUAAGCCAGGUAGCACAUUUUAAUAUUAGAUAUGAAUAAAGGAUUGAUACCGAGCAGUAGUUAUAACUCUCCUUAACAUUGCAUGUAUUUAAAUACUGGUUAAUCUUUUUACAUUGUUUUAUAUAAAUAUAUUUAAAGGUCAAUAUUUUAAUUUCUCUAGAAUUGCUCCGCAGUACAUCUUUAACCCCUUAAGGACCAAACUUUUGGAAUAAAAGGGAAUCAUCACAUGUCACACAUGUCAUGUGUCCUUAAGGGAUUAAAUACAUUGCUGUCAAAUAUUCUAAAACAAUCCGAUGUAUUUUUCAAAACUACUGACUCAUUCCAAGAUAAAUUUAUUUCAGUUAAAAAACAUUUGUAAGUUGAUAUUUCAUUUUAAGAAGAUUUAGUGCAAAGAAAUGGUAUGAUUUCAUUAAUAAAUAAAUAAGAGCUUUGCCAGCUCUAAUUGGCUUCUUUCCAACUCUUAUGCCAUGCCAUGUGGUAGUCUUUCUGAAUUACAUUUUGUUUUUCUGUAGACACACAGUACAAUAUAUUUAUAGAUUUUUUUUUAUUGCUGCCAUUUCCCUUGGAAUCUGUUAUAUUUUGUUAAUAGAACAGGAAUCCACGUUUUGUUUUUAGUAAUGGAACAUUUAAACAAGUGUUUCAUAACUGAUGCACCAUUUAGAAAUUGAAUUGUGUGUUUUUUUGUUUUUUUGUUUAAUGCAAUUUUGAGAAAGCAUGAUUUAUUUCAAGAGGUUGUGUAACUUUAUUUUUUGGGGAAAGUGUUGGUUAUAGUUAUUUAACAUAAUUAUUUGUCACUUUAUUAAAUGUUCGCAGGUAAACUCAUUAUUGCAGAGAGCACCAAGUAAUGUGUCCCAUGGACAUACUUAAUUUUUAAAGUUUUUUUUUUUUCUUUUGUAGUGUGGUAAAUGCCAUGGUACAAGUGAUUGCCCUGUUUGGCCUACUUCUAUAAAAUACUGUAGUUUGAGUUAGGCCAAUAAAGUAGUAGUGUUGGAGAGUUCUUGAACACUUUUAUUUUGGCUUCCAUUUUGCAGUUCUCUUGAGUUGCAUUUCUUUCUAGAGCUUGUAGAGGCUGAUGUAUUAUAUGCUUUAUCGCUACAAAGCAGCAUGCAGUGAUGAAUCACGAGCCUCCAUAAAUUAUAUUUUAUUUAUUUUCAUUAUUGGCCAGGCCGUUUUUGGGGUUUUUUUGCAGUCCUUCUUGUAUUUCAUUUUACAGUGACCUGUCUCAGACCUUUGUCCAGAUUUAACUGUGACUUAAUUAAAGUGUUAAGGAAAUAGUUUUUAAAGCGCAUAAGUUCGUUUAGACUUUUAUUACAAUGCUCACUCCUUGGAUCCUACAAACAUUUUCUCAUGUUUGAAUAUCCUAAGCAUUCCUAGAUUCUCUCUUCAAGCCACAUAUUUCCUAAAAGUCUAAAAGCUUUGCAGAUGGUUUUGGCAAGUAUUAAAUUUUUUCAUGAUUCUUAGCCCUCUUAGCAUUGUGUACUUUUUAAUUUUGACGUAACACUUUAAAAUUGUCCAUGCAAUAAAUAGUUAUGUCGCUGAAUGUGGAGGCAUUUACUUUACAAUACUGUCCAUUUAAGGAAGAAUAUAAGGUUUCUGUUGCUCUCAAAACUGAGAAGGAAAUGAAAUGUCCAUAAAAUAUUGAUUUGAAACUGUAUUGUCAUAGUAUCAUAACCUCACAAAAACAAAAGAAAUGGUUCCUGGAAUAGUGCUGGAAAUAUUAUUUAUACUACUAUUUUUAAUUAUUUCCAUUCCUGCAAGCUUUGUGUUCUCUGAAUUGAAUAUACCCUGUAUCCGCAAGCUAAAUGUGGCCGAUUUUCUACAAUUGUGUAAAAUUAUACCUGUCAUGCAAAAUUUUAUGUUGCUCGCAAAUUGAGAAUUACAUUUUACUUAUGACAUUUCCAGCAUAUUGGUGAAAUCAGUGCUCCCCAAUGCCACUGAUGUGCUAGUAUUUCACAAGUUAAUACCGCAUCCACCAAGGCCUAGUGAGGGGCUGCAUGCUAUCAAGCUCGAUCACAUUUUGGUACAGGAAGGAUGUAUGCGCAGCCAUCCUGUUUAUUGCAGAGACUAUCUUGGUCCAGGAUGAAGCACAAUCUAUACCCACCUGCACAUGAUCUCCCUGUCUACAUGUUUUGUGCAUGACAUGUCUACUUAAGCCCUGAAAAUCGGUUGCAGAGGUGUGCAGCCAGCAAUUUCUUCAUUACAGCUUUUUGUGGACAUUUAAAAUCUUGUCAAAUUUUCAUUUUGAAUGAACCAGCUGCAGUAACAAUCUGUAUUUCAUAACCUGUUUUAAAUGAACACUCCAUGCACCAUAACUACAACAGCUUGCUGUAGCGAUAUGCAAUAUUCAGACCAGGCUUGCAAAGUUUGAAAGGUUUUAGUUUUUCUUCAAUAUAACAAGUAGCCAUAGCUUAGCUCCCCGCAACUCUGUUUAGUGAAUUAAAGGAACAUUCCAAGCACUUUAACCACUACAGCAAACUGUCAUGAGUGCUCGGUCACCCCUGAAAGGGUGGGGUGCAGUAAUAGUGGUUAUGGUGCUUGGUGUGUUCCUUUAACCCCCCUGCUGUGAGACACAUUAUUUCACAUCAGAUCCCUAUCUCUAAAUAAGAGGUGGAAUAGCUAAAAAAAAUAAAUAAAAAAAAAUGCAGUGCACCAUCAAUUCUGUCUCAACUCGAGUUUUGAAGAGGGCAGAAAUGUUAUGCAUCUUACCGUACCUUGCAUUUUUCAGUUACUUUUUACUUGUCACUUUAGGCAAUCGUUAUUUCUGAAUGAAAGUGAUGUUUUAUUAUUUUUGGGGCUAGCUUUGGGGUUAAUUUCUUUAUUGCAUUGGUAGCUUGUUACUAUCCAUGAUGAGCAUUUUCUUUUUCCUGUACUAAAGAUUAAAGCACAUGUAUUAUUCCUUUACCUUAAGCGAACUGUGGAAGCCAUGUGUAGCAGUGUCCAUAUCUGUAUGUUAUCUGUUUUUUGACCAAUACAGUUAGCAGUCUGGAAAGACUUAUUACUUGAUGUUAUAGCAACUUUAAUUGUUUGUGCCUGCAGUUCAUUCAUAGACUCACUAGAAAUAUCAGAUCAAGUCCCCAGCCUCCCCAUCCACUUCACGCUGUAGUUAAGCGCCUUGAUUUUUUUUAAAAGUGAUUAAAAAAUUAUGCAUAAGAUGCAAAAGAGAGAAAAUUAACUUCUAAAUGUCCCAUUUGCUGCAAAUCUAUAGAUUCUGCAGAGAGCAAAAAGUAACUGAUAUUUCUCAGGCUAAAGACUAAUUGAAUACAGCCAAAUGUACACUAAAUGCUGGAGGGUAACCACAAGUGGAAAUAGACAACAAACAAAGAGAAAGUGUACCUAAAAAUUGGGAGAAACCAACAAUAGCCUAAACUUCAUGAAAAAAUUUAAGAAAAAAUGGCUGGUAUAAAAGAGGACGAAGAGGUCCAAAAACAAUAACA